AUGGAGGCUGGUGUUUUCCUUCUGUCCAUACUGUAAUCCAUUUGACCUUUGGAAUAUGGGAACCAGAUGCCCCAACCCAGAUCUCUCUCUCUCUCUCUCUCUCUCUCUCUCUCUCUCUCUCUCUCUCUCUCUCUCUCUCUCUCUCUCUCUCUCUCUCUCUCUCUCUCUCUCUCUCUCUCUCUCUCUCUCUCUCUCUCUCUCUCUCUCUAAUUCAAUUUAUUGGCAUGGGAAACAUAUGUUUACAUUGCCAAAGCAAGUGAAAUAGAUAAUAAACAAAAGUGAAAUAAAAAAUGAACAGUAAACAUUACACUCACAAAAUAAUAUACAUUUCAAAUGUCAUUAUGUCUAUAUACAGUGUUGUAACAAUGUGUAAAUAGUACAAAAGGGAAAAUAUAAAAAUAUAAAUAUAGUUUGUAUUUACAAUGGUGUUUGUUGUUCACUGGUUGCCCAUUUCUUGUGGCAACAGGUCACAAAUCUUGCUGCUGUGAUUGCACACUGUGGUAUUUCACCCAAAUAGAUAUGGGAGUUUAUCAAAAUUGGAUUUGUUUUCAAAUUCUUUGUGGGUCUGUGUAAUCUGAGGGAAAUAUGUGUCUCUAAUAUGGUCACACAUUUGGCAGGAGGUUAGGAAGUGCAGCUCAGUUUCCACCUCAUUUUGUGGGCAGUGUGCACAUAGCCUGUCUUCUCUUGAGAGCCAGGUCGGCCUACAGCGGCCUUUCUCAAUAGCAAGGCUAUGCUCAAUGAUUCUGUACAGUCAAAGCUUUCCGUAAUAUUAGGUCAGUCACAGUGGUCAGGUAUUCUGCCACUGUGUACCCUCUGUACUGUUUUUUAUUAACUACCUGACACAUUGGAAAUAAUUAUCUUUUUGUAUUCUCAUGAUUUGGUUGGGUCUAAUUGUGUUGCUAUCCUGGGGCUCUGUGGGGUCAGGACCGGCUUGCUUAGGGGACUCUUCUCCAGGUUAAUCUCUCUGUAGAUGAUGGCUUUGUUAUGGAAGAUUUGGGGAUCGCUUCCUUUUAGGUGGUCGUAGAAGUUAACGGCUCUUUUCUGGAUUUUGAUCAUUAGCGGGUAUCAGCCUAAUUCUGCUCUGCAUGCAUUAUUUUGUGUUUUACGUUGUACAUUGAGGAUAUUUUUGCAGGAUUCUGAAUGUGCAGUCUCAAUUUGGUGUUUGUCCCAUUUCGUGAAUUCUUGGUUGGUAAGCAAGACCCCAGACCUCACAACCAUAAAGGGCAAUGGGUUCUAUAACUGAUUCAAGUAUUUAUAGCCAGAUCCUAAUUGGUAUGUCGAAUUUUAUGUUCCUUUUGAUGGCAUAGAAGGCCCUUCUUGCCUUGUCUCUCAGAUCGUUCACAGCUUUGUGGAAGUUACAUUUUACAAUUUAGUCAUUUAGCAGACGCUCUUAUCCAGAGCGACUUACAGUUUUAGUGAGUGCAUACAUUUUUUAUGUAUUGAUGUUUAGGCCGAGGUAUGUAUCGUUUUUUGUGUGCUCUAGGGCAACAGUGUCUAGAUGGAAUUUGUAUUUGUGUUCCUGGACAUGGACAUUUUUUGGAACACCAUUAUUUGUGUCUUACUGAGAUUUACUGUCAGGGCCCAGGUCUGAUAGAAUCUGUGCAGAAGAUCUAGGUGCUGCUGUAGGCCCUCCUUGGUUGGGGACAGAAGCACCAGAUCAUCAGCAAACAGACAUUUCACUUCAGAUUCUAGUAGGGUGAGGCCGGGUGCUGCAGACUGGUCUCGUGCCCUCGCCAAUUCGUUGAUAUAUGUUGAAGAGGGUGGGGCUCAAGCUGCAUCCCUGUCUCACCACACGGCCCUGUGAAAAUAAAAUUGUGUUUUUUUUGCCAAUUUGAACCGCACACUUGUUCUUUUGUGUACAUGGAUUUUAUAAUGUCGUAUGUUUUCCCCUCCAACACCACUUUCCAACAAUUUGUAUAGCAGACCCUCAUGCCAAAUUGAGUCAAUAUUCUUUGAAAUCACAAAGCGUGAGAAGACUUUGCCUUUGCUUUGGUUUGUUUGUUUGUCAAUUAGGGUGUGCAGUGUGAAUACGUGGUCUGUCAUGUGAUAAUUUGGUAAAAAGACAAUUUGACAUUUGCCCAGUACAUUGUUUUCACUGAGGAAAUGUACGAGUCUGCUGUUAAUGAUAAUGCAGAGGAUUUCCCCAAGUUUGCUGUUGACGCAUAUCCCACGGUAGUUAUUGGGGUCAAAUAUGUCUCCACUUUUGUGGAUUGGGGUGAUCAGUCCUUGGUUCCAAAUAUUGGGGAAGAUGCCAGAGCUAAGGAUGAUGUUAAAGAGUUUAAGUAUAGCCAAUUGGAAUUUGUUGUCUGUAUAUUUUAUCAUUUCAUUUAGGGUACCAUCAACACCACAGGCCUUUUUUGGGUUGGAGGGUUUGUAUGUUGUCCUGUAGUUCAUUCAAUGUAAUUGGAGAAUCCAGUGGGUUCUGCUAGUCUUUUAAUAGUUGAUUCUAAAAUUUGUAUUUGAUCAUGUAUUUGUUUUUGCUGUUUGUUCUUUGUUAUAGAGCCAUGAUUUCUGACGUACUUUUCCUUAUUUUUCUGUAGUGUAUUUCUCUAUUGUUUUAGUGAUUCACCAUAGUGAAGGCGUAGGCUCAGGUUUUCUGGGUCUCUAUGGUUUUGGUUGGAUAGGUUUCUCAAUUUCAUUUUUAGGUUUUUGCAUUCUUCAUCAAACCAUUUGUCAUUGUUGUACAUUUUCUUAGGUUGUCUGCUUGACAUUUUUCAAUUUGAUAGGGAAGCUGAGAGGUCAAAUAUACUGUUUAGGUUUUCUACUGCCACAUUUACACCUUCACUAUUACAGUAAAACAUUUUGUUCAGGAAGUUGUCUAAAAGGAAUUUGUUGUUGCCUAAUUAUUUUUUGGUAGGUUUCCACACUACCUUCCUUCCAUCUAUAGCAUUUCUUAAUAUUAUGCAGUUCCUUUAGCUUUGAUGCCUCAUGAUUGAGUAUUGCUCUGUUCAAGUAUACUUAUUUUGCUGUGAUCUGAUAGGGGUGUCAUUGAGCUGACUGUGAACACACUGAGAUUGGGUUGAGGGUUGAGGUCAGUGAUAAAGUAGUCUACAGUACUACUGCCAAGAGAUGAGCUGUAGGUGAAUCUACCAUAGGAGUCCCCUCGAAGCCUACCAUUGACUAUGUACAUAUCCAGGUGCGACAGAGCUGCAGGAGUUGCGACACGUUUUUGUUGGUUAGGUUGUCGUAGUUGUGCCUAGGGGUUUACCUCUAACUGCAGCUGCUGUAACUCCCAGCCCUGUAACAACUAACGUAGGAUCAGUUCUCCCUACACCAGUCAUAUGCUUAAAGUAACAGGUCACCCUAUAAUCAAAAUUAAUCCGAUGUUUUCAUACCUCAGGGCCUGUAUUUAUCAAGCGUGCUGAUCUAGUAUCAGGUCCUCCCUGUCAAAAAUAACAUGAUUCAAUAUAAUCAAAAAGGCUAAACUGAUCCUAGAUCAGCACUCCAAACCAUUAUAAAUGCAGGCUCUGGUCUAAAGUGGCAUAAAGUUGAGUCCAUCCUCUUCACCAUCUGUUGAACAGACCAUUACCACAGUGUGAGUCAUAAUACCCAUAAAACCUAGCUGUCAAACAGGGAAAUGGUUCCAAUUGUUUUUCCACCAUUAACUUUUCCCAUAGGGGAUUGUAGAAACACUUCAAAUAAGGAAUGUGUUUCGUGUAGGCUUACCCUGGCAUGACGUUUUGAUAACCGUGUAAAUCUCUCUCGGACAAGGUGACUUUUAUCAAUAUAUUCGCCUGUAUUUACACCCCAAAAAUGAAAUACUAAUUAGCUGCUAAUGCUGCUAUCAUAAAGAACUACAAAUGUCAUGAUGAUCUGGACGAGACUGCCGAAUCGAGGCAAAGCUAAGAAUCUCUGGAUUAACUGAUGUUAGCUAAAUGUAGUAAUUAAUAAAUUGUCAAAAUGUAUUUAAAUGGACAAUUAUGUGAACUGUUAUGUUUAAGUUUUAAAUGGACACUACCUGUUAGCAAAGGUGUCAGCUAGAGAUGAUGUGCAGGAGCUUGCAAGGAUUUGUAGUUUUACAUGUCUACUUUGAUGCUAAUUAGCAGUUUUGAAUCUGAGCGUAAAUAGAGCCGAAUAUAUUGAUAAAAGUCACCUUGUCCGAGAGAGAUUUACACGGUUAUCAAAACAUCACGCCAGGGUAAGCCUACACGAAACACAGACCUUAUUUUAAGUGUUUCUAAAAUCCCCUAUGGAAAAAAAGGCAUGGUGGUAAAACGAUUGGGACAAUUUCCCUAUUUGACCGCUAGGUUUUAUGGGUAUUAUGACACCUCCACUGUGGAGCUCUACUGUAGAGAAUUUGAGGCCCCCAUCUUGGUGGUGUAAUUUUUUUUUAGCAGUUUAAAGCACAUUUCCUGCAAUUCUACACAUUUUGACAUGCAGCCGAGAGAAAGUAUUGCAGUUUUAAGGCAAAUUUCCUGUGAUUCUAUAUAUUCUGCCAUGGCUAAUGCUGUGUUAUUUUGCUCAACAUAAUAAAAAAAUCAGUACUGCUAAAUUCUAGGGCUGUGACAAUACCAGUAUUGCGAUAUUUUUUUCCAUGGGAAAAAUGAAAACAUGAACCAGACCAAAUUCUUUAGUCCUUUAUAAACCUGCUGUAUGUAAAAUAUUGUGUGAUAUAGCUUGGAAAAUAAAUAAAUGUGACUCUGGAUGAGAGCAUAUGGCUGUUUUCCGAAGAAGUUAAAUCUGCUUCGCGUUUUCUUUCCUUGCCACGAUUCUAACGAGUAUUGCGACAUUGGUAUCGCCCUGGCCCUACUAUACUGAUCAAAAAUAUAAAUGCAACAUGUAAAGUGUUGGUCCCAUGUUUCAUAAGCUGAAAAAAAAAUAUCCCAGAAAUGUUCCAUAUGCACAGAAAGCUUAUUUCUCUCAGAUUGUGCACACACAUUUGUUUACAUCCCUGUUAGUGAGCAUUUCUCCUUUGCCAUGAUAUUUUAAUCUAUCCACCUGACAGGUGGUUAAACAACAUGAUCAUUACACAGGUGCACCUUGAGCUGGGGACAAUAAAAUUACACUCUAAAAUGUGCAGUUUUGUCACUCAAUACAAUGCCACAGAUGUCUGAAGUUUUCAGGGAGCGUGCAAUUGGCAUGCUGACUGCAGGAAUGUCCACCAGCGCUGUUGUCAGAUAAUUGAAUAUUAAUUUCCCUACCAUGCAUUGAUGUCAGAGUGGUUAGAGCAGGGGUGUCAAACGUACGGCCCGCGGGCCGGAUCAGGCCCGCAAACGGGUUUAAUCCGGCCCGCGAGAUGAUUUUGAAGAAAAAAAAAAGAAAAAUUUUUUAAUUAUUAUUUUAUUUUUUAUUUUUUUAAGUAUAAAAAUGCGCUGCAAUUUUUCAAUAAAAUAAACUGCUGUUCCAAUUGCGUCCACUGGAUGGCGCAAUAGCAAUUGUGUUAAGCAAGCAAACUGUUUAUACCGGGGCAGAGCAAGUAGGUCAAGCACGUGCAGCCAAUGAGCUACUUUUUUUUUUUCUUUUUUUUUCUUAUUAUUUUUUUUAUAUUUUUUUUUUGGAAUGCGAACAUACUUUAUUAGAGUACUUACACAACUAACAAACAACAAAACGAUACGUGAAGUCCUUGGUAACAAACACAAACCAACACGGAACAAGAUCCCACAAUACACUGUGCCAAACAGGCUGCCUAAGUAUGGUUCCCAAUCAGAGACAACAAGCAACAGCUGAUUCUCGUUAACUCUGAUUGAGAACCACCCCGGCCAACAUAGAUACACAUGAACUAGAUCCUAACAUAGAAACACAAACACAUAGAAUCUACACACCCUGGCUCAACAUAUAAGAGUCCCAGAGCCAGGGCGUGACACCUAUUUCCCAUACCCCACCAUACCAUGAGACAUGCAUGUCUUCAUCACUGGAAAAAAUUAUACUGUCAAUCCUCCAGAGAAACCUGUUCAAAUCCAUCCUCCAGAGGAAACCUGUUCAAAUCAAUCCUCCAGAGGAAAACUGUUCAAAUCAAUCCUCCAGAGGAAACCUGUUCAAAUCAAUCCUCCAGAAGAAACCUGUUCAAAUCAAUCCUCCAGAGGAAACCUGUUCAAAUCAAUCCUCCAGAGGAAACCUGUUCAAAUCAACCCUCCAUAGGAAACCUGUUCAAAUCAACCCUCCAGAGGAAACCUGUUCAAAUCAGAUAAUACAUUAGACAAGACCAUUUUGAAGUUGACAUUCAACAUCGGGUGGACCGGCAGCCAUCUUAUUUUUAUUUUUUUUUUUUUUUUUUUUUUAUUUAUUUUUUGCUCCUGAACUACUUCUACUCUCAACCUCUCCGAUCAUUUUCAUGAUGUCCAUCCGGUUUGCUUCUAAAUGCCAUAUCUUUCUAACUGUGCUCUUUCCCAAAAGCUCCCAACAUACAACCUAUAUACUUAUUAUGGACACAGUAUGCUUACAUUAUUAGCUAUCUUUGUUAUUAUUUGUUGUUAUUUGUUAUUAGUCCCAUCCUUCAACUCUAUUCAAUACCUCCCAUCUAUCUCUUAACACCAUCCAUAUAGGAUUUCUAUUUGCCAUAUAUAUUUCAACCGUACUGUGAUGUUUUACAAAAGUUCUGAACCUUUCUAUUCUCAUUGCUUCUACAGAUUGUGAAUUAAAAAUAAACAUUUUUGCUAAAAGUAUUAUUAUAUUAUUGAUUGAUUGACUAUGACUUUUCAGAUCACCCAGUAAUGCUAUCUGCAAGGUUAGUUCCAGGUAAAUAUUGCAAUCCUUUAGCCAUUCCUGGACCUGUGUCCAAAAACAAGCUACAAAUGGACAGAACCAAAACAAAUGAUCUAAUGAUUCUAUCUCUUCACAGCAAAAUCUGCAGAGCUGGGAAGAUUGUAUCCCCCAUAUAAAUAACAUUCUAUUGGUAGCAAGAAUUUUAUAUAAUAAUUUAAAUUGAAAGAUUCAAAUUUUUGAAUCCUGUGUCGUUUUGCGUGUCAGUUCAUAAACACUAUGCCAUGGGAUCGGUACGUCAAAGAUCUCUUCCCAACUAUUUUGCAAUCUAUAUGGGACGGCUGUCAAUCCUUUGGUCCUUAAGUGAAACUGAUAUACUUUUUUAUUUAUCACAGUUUUCCUUAACCAAUUAUGUUCUUUAAUGCAAGGCCGACAGACAAGUUCCUUACUUUCUCCCCCUUCAACUUUCCUCUUCCACUUUUGCGGUCAAUGAGCUACUUUGUUUUGCCCGCGAUAUUUAUUACGGCUUCUACUUUUAACAUUAUGUGCUUUGGCACCCUCAUUGCCCCAAUAUGUCUCUGUCAAAAAAGAGAAAAGUGGACGCAGAGUGCAGAGUGUUCCAAGAAAAAUGGUCAUCCUAUUUAAUCACGGAAUUGAAUGGGAAAGCUGUAUGUUUGGUGUGUUCAGAGCAUGUUGCAGUGCUGAAAGAAUAUAACCUUCGUCGCCACUAUGUGAGUCUUCAUGCCGACAAAUAUGACAACUUUCAAGGACAGCGGAGAUGAGAGAAGGUGAAUGAACUGUUGGCUGGUCUGAAGAAACAGCAGUCUGUGUUUACUCACAGCCGAGACAUCAGUGACGCUGCAGUGAAAGCUAGCUACCUCAUUGCUAAUGAAAUCGCAGUGGCUUCAAAACCAUUUAGUGAGGGUGAAUUUGUAAAAACAUGCAUGAUGAAGGCAGUGGAGAUUGUGUGCCCUGAAAAGCGCCAGGCUUUUGCAAAUAUCAGCCUGAGAAGAAACACAGUUGCAGACAGGAUUUCCGAUCUUUCAGUGGAUUUGGACAGCCAGUUGAAGCAAAAAGUAAAGUCAUUUAUUGCGUUUUCGGUUGCAAUUGAUGAAAGCACGGACAUUACAGAUGUUGCACAACUGGCCAUUUUCAUCCGCGGAGUUGAUGACACAUUGACCGUCACCGAGGAGUUCGUGGAGUUGGUGCCGAUGACAGAUACAACGACAGCAGCUGAUAUUUUCACCGCACUCGUCGGCGCGCUGGACAGGGUCGGAGUGGACUGGUCCCGCGCUGUCAGCCUGGCUACAGAUGGUGUGCCCUCAAUGAUCGGGAAAAAAGCAGGCGUUGUGACAAAGUUCAGAGAGAAAGUGCAAUCUGCAAAUGGAGGACGGUAUUUUUUGACUUUUCACUGUAUUUUGCACCAGGAGGCUUUGUGUUGCAAGUCAUUAAAGAUGGAUAACGUCAUGAAGGUGGUCAUCCAAACUGUUAAUUUCAUCCGAUCCAGAAGCCUGAAUCACCGUCAGUUUGACAGCCUUCUCAGAGAGAAAGACCACAUCUAUGGCCUGCCAUACCACACUGAGGUAAGAUGGUGCUGAGCCGAGGUGCUGUGCUGAGGCGUUUCUUUGAUUUACGAGAAGAAAUUGAACAGUUCAUGGAAGAAAAGGGCAAACUAGUGUUAGAAUUUCAUUCCGCAGAAUGGAUGCCGGACCUUGCAUUUAUGGUGGAUGUUACAGAGCACCUGAAUAACUUGAACAAACAGCUGCAAGGGCGCAACAAAGUUGUCACGCAGUAUUAUGACAGCAUACGUUCUUUCAAGUUGAAGCUGUCAUUGUGGGAGACGCAACUUGCCGGUGGUGAUGCAGCUCACUUCCCCUGUCUGAAAAAUGUGUGCGCGACCCAACAUGUGGCAGACAUGAAGCGGUUCAAAGAUAAAAUAACUGGACUGUUACGGGAGUUUGAGCAACGCUUUCAGAUUUAUGUUUAUAUGUUUUUAUGUUGAUGUGCUAUUGUUUUUAAUUGAUUUUAUUUUUAUUUGUAUAUUUAAACCUAUUCUUGACUCUGUGGUUCUUGCACUUGUUUGGGGAACAGGAUUUCAUUAUUUUUAUCUACAUUUCUGCCUGAGAAAUGACACCCUGAUAUAGUUCUGUGAUCUGUGAAACAGUUCUGUUAAUCACUGAGGCAUUGUGUGUUUGUGUGUUCUUUUUCUUUAGAAUUUUCAAAUAAACUUGACGUGUUUUAUGAUUAAUAGUGAUGUUGUGCUUGUACUAUUUUGGACACACUGUCCUCAGGCUCCAGCUUUAUGUUGUAUGUUGAUCGUAUUAAAACAAAGAAAACAAUCUGAAGUUGUUGUUUUUAAGUUAUAUAUACCAUGAUUUUUCCGGUCCGGCCCACUUGGGAAUAGAUUUUCCUCCAUGUGGCCCCUGAGCUAAAAUGAGUUUGACACCCCUGGGUUAGAGAUACAAUAAAGCCCUGAGUAUCAGGCCAUUAGCGACCUGAUGAUCAUUAUCGAGUUGGGUACUACUAAUGCAUGUCCAUAGUGCAGAAGAGGAGAUUACUGUGACUCAACGGUCACGUAGAAUUUUACUGCGGUGAUGACUCAUAACUGCCGGUGUGGCGGUAACAUGGUCACCGCAACAGUCCUAGUCGAGGGUAACUAUGCUACCACUUAGCUUCGGUUUUCAAAACAAAUACAACAAAAUGAGAGCCUAAGUGUCAAGUACACCAUAAUGCAAGUACUUACUAGUUUGUUACAAUGUGUAGCGCAGGUUACUUCAUUGCUAGAUCCUCUGGUAUAAAGCCUAUGUGGUGUACCAUGUGAUUGACAGACAUCCCUAUCACUGAUGUUAGAUCACAGAGGGAUACAGCCACUUCCAUUAACCAAAGACGUUAGGACCUUUAUUUUUUUAUUUUUUUCACCUUUAAUUAACCAGGUAAGCAUUGCUGUAAUGUUGUUGACACAUCCAGUAGGAUUCAGCUGUCAGACCAGUUAGUCUGGUUGUGUUCAGGCUGUUGUUUUAUAGACUGUGGAUAUAGGACCAUUACUACUAAUAUAGGUAUGCACUGCAGAGAGCCAACAGAGUAUAGGAAAGGGAUUAUUUAUGAAGUUGGAGGUGUGGAUAAUUUCAACAUUCUCUAAACAGCUUUAUUAGUGGCAGUUACCCUACCUCACAGGACCUCUACCAACGAUCAUGUCCUGUUAUGACAUCUUAUGUCAUGUCAUGAUCUCCAGUACAGCAACUGUAUAAUCAUCAGCUAUAAUAUAAAUGAAAAGCAUCCCUUCCUCUGUACUGAGGCUGAGCAGAACAAUAGGACAGUUGAUCCCAGAAUGGAACUGGUUAGAUGGCAGAGACAUUUGACAUCCUUGGGCGCUAUCAAGUAUGUAGAAAAGAUAAUGGACUUAUAUAUUUUCUAUAAUCUUUGAGAAUUUACAAUCACGAAAAUAAAAGACCAUCAGGGAGAAUUGAAAAUUCUCAAAAAAAUUAAUUUAAACUGAACAAAAAUAUAAACACAACAUGCAACAAUUUCAACGAUUUUACUGAGUUACAGUUCAUAUAAGGAAAUCAGUCAAUUGAAAUGAAUUCAUUAGGCCCUAAUCUAUGGAUUUCAUAUGACUGGGCCAUGACUGGGCCUGGGAGGGCAGGCCCAGCCAAUCAGAAUGAGUUUUUCCGGACAAAAAGGCUUUAUUACAGACAAAUACUCCUCAGUUUCAUCUGUUGUCCGGGUGGCUGGUCUCAGAUGAUCCCGCAGGUGAAGAAGCCGGAUGUGGAGGUCCUGGGCUGGCGUGGUUACACGUGGUCUGCGGUUAUGAGGCUGGUUGGACGUACUGCCAAAUUCUCUAAAACGACGCUUAUGGUUGAGAAAUUAACAUGAAAGUAUCUGGUAACAGCUCUGGUGGACAUUCCUGCAGUCAGCAUGCCAAUUGCACACUCCCUCAAAACUUGAGACAUCUGUGGCAUUGUAUUGUGUGACAAAACUGCACAUUUUAGAGUGGCCUUUUAUUGUCCCCAGCACAAGUGCACCUGUGUAAUGAUCAUGCUGUUUAAUCAGCUUCUUGAUAUGCUCCACCUGUCAGGUGGAUGGAUUAUCUUGGCAAAGGAGAGCUCCUCACUAACAGGGAUGUGAACAAAUUUGUGCGCAACAUUUGAGAGAAAUACGCUUUUUGUGCGUAUGGGAUCUUUUAUUUCAGCUCAUGAAACAUGGGACAACACUUUACAUGUUGCGUUUUAUAUUUUUGUUCAAUAUAGAUGUUCCAAAGGUGCGCAUCUGCGGCUUGUAUGCGUGGAAGCUUGGAGAUGCUAAACUUGUUUAUGUUAAUUAACGGUCAAUUACCAUGAGACCGGCAGGCUUUUGCGUGACAAUAACCGUCUGACAAAAUUUCAUGACUGCCACAGCCCUACCGUCACCUAAUGCCAAUGUAAUGUCAAGUGUUGCAUGCCAUGUUUCUAUCAGCAGAUACAAUCCUCAUACCGUAGUCUUUAAUACAGUGUAUGCAAUCCAUUGUGAGGAUACAUGCAGGUACAUGCUUGCACAGACACAGACAGACAGACGCAUGCACACAAAAACACACGCACACAGAAACGCACGCACACACACCACAACUGUAUACGUGGUCAGUAGAGCUCACCAGGGAACAGGUUCACAAUAUAAAACUCUGAAACAGUUUAUAAGACCAGGAUGUCUGUAGUCUCUAGUGUGUGUGUCGUGUGUGUGUGUCUGGUUGUGUAUUUCCAUCUGUUUGUGUUUGUCUGUGUUAACGUUUGUGUGAAUGCAUACAGAAAAGAGUGAGUGGGAUGUCAUGAGGUUCCUUCUGGUGAGAGGGAGGAUGGAGAGAGGGAGGUAGGUAGAGGGAGGAUGUGGGGGAUGAGAGAGGGAGGUGUAAUGCUGGUGAACGUGUGACAUCUCUGCAGUGUCAUUACUCUGGCAUCAGCUGGCUGUAGCAGAAAGGGGUGCUGCAACUUUUGUGGAAUACUUCAGCAGCUUAGUGUGUGUUGGGUUGGUGGGGGAGGGGGAUGGGUGUGGGUGUGGGUGUGGCGAUGACAGCGGCCCCUUUGUCUCUGGACUGCCGAGCCGUGUGAACAAAUCUGAGUCUGACCCUCCUCACGUGACACACACACACAGCCCCCCUCCCCAUCCUUUGUUCUUUCAAUCUGUGAACCCCCCCUCUAAUUGAAUGGGAUUAUAUCCCUCUGGUGGACAGAUUCUAGGGGGUUGGAUCUGGCCUUGGUCCACACAUCACCUAACCACCCUAACUUUAUCCCCCUCCAACAAUGUGGCCCCUCCUCCAUCGCCACCUCUUCCCUACCCUCUCCUCAGCCCCACUCUGGGUUGCUCCCUCCCGGGCUACAGGCCAUGCAGUUUGCUUCCUGUACGGAGGAUCCAUCUCCACCCCCACACUCACCCUCUCCACUUAUUGAUCCUUCUCUGGGUUGCUCCCCCCCGGGCUACAGGCCAGGCCCUGCCAUCCCUCCUGCACUGGAGCUUCCUCACCGUGGCAACCAAAUGGCUGACACUCAAGGAGAUUGAAGGACAGUCAAUGCAUGGACUGUGUUGCCUGGUUACAGAGAGAGCCAAUACAUCUGUCUUUUCUAGUGACCCGUGUGUGUGUGUGUGUGUGUGUGUGUGUGUGUGUGUGUGUGUGACUCUUCAUCUGUUGACGUCUGGAGCUGAGCCUGUGUUUAUAAACAUGCCUGGGUCUUGGCUGGCUAAUUUAUUAGAGGAGACACAUACACAGUCUCACGCCUUGGCAGUCUUGUUCAUUAAAGUUGUGAUUAUCUGUCUCUCUAAUGUAUUCCUGACAUCUCAUCUCACCACAACCCAGAAGCUUAGAAUGGAACAGGGUGUUGAAAUGGAAGCUGUGUGCCAAAGGUAUGAAUAGUUGAAGUGUCCUGAUUGAUGUGAUCAGAAUAUUUUUUUUUACAUACCUCCCCCUUUCCUCUUGACUUUCCGUUUUCACUCUAGUUCUCCCUCUCUUACACACACACACAUACACACUGUUGUUCAGUAUCGGCUUGCCACAGAGCUGCAGUAGGCCAGACAGACACGUGUCCCCGUCAGUUGUGUCAGGCUGUCAGCCAGGAUAAAGGAGGUCAGAGUCAGGAGCACCACAAGGCUCCAACUGAACAGAUGAUAGAAAGCUGUCUGCUUUCCCUCUAUUUUGGGGGGGAUUCCACCACACACGCACACGCAGACACAUGCACGCAUGCAAACACGCAGACACACGCAUGCAUGCAAACACACACACACACCCUGUGAGAACUUCUUGAAGGAGGGUCACACUCUGGGUCUCGGUGGGAGUGGCAUGCCUGGUCUCCAUGGUAACCGGGGUCAGGAGAGCUCAUAACAGAGGCAGAGGAAACCAGAUGUAUUGUCUCAUAGAGACCCAACAGACAACAAAGACAGACAUCUGAGUGUUAGCUUGUCUGAUUCAGGACCAUGAAGGCUUUCCCAUACACAGCUCUGACAGAGAGAAUAGAGCAGGAUGUAGGAAAGAGAGCAGUCACAUGUCAGAGAGAGACAGAUAGAGAGACACUACAUACACUAUGGAACACAAAGAUUUUACUAUCUCAUCCUGUAAUAUACAAGAUCUGAGGUCAUCUGCCUUUGGCCUAAAGAGCAGGAACCCAGACUUCAUCAAAGAAAUUGGAAAUACAGACAUUGUCAUCCUACAAGAAUCAUGGUAUAGAGGAGACGGUCCCACUGGUUGCCUUCUAGGUUACAGAGAGCUGGUAGUCCCAUCCACCAAACUACCAGAUGUGAAACAGGGAAGAGACUCCGGGUAUGCUAAUUUGGUAUAGAGCAGACCUAACCCACUCUAUUAAAUUAGUCAAAACAGGAAAAUUUUACAUCUGGCUAGAAAUUAAUAAGGAAAUUAUCUCAACAGAGAAAUGUUAUUGUGUGCUACCUAUAACCCCCCCCCAUACUUUAAAGAUGGCAUCUUCUCCAUCCUAGAGGGGGAGAUCAACCAUUUCCAGGCCCAGAGACAUGUACUAGUCUGUGGCGACUUAAAUGCCAGAACUGGACAAGAACCUUAGCACACAGGGGGACAAACACCUGCCUGGUGGCGACAGCAUUCCCUCCCAAAUAUUUUUUACUUAUUUCACCUUUAUUUAACCAGGUAAGCCAGUAAAUGAGAACUUUUUCUCAACAACUGCGAGCUGGCAAAUAUGCCCCCCCCCCAGACACAACUAUGACAAAACAACCAACAAAAACGGGUCACAGCUCCUGCAGCUCUGUCGCACGAUGGGUCUGUACAUAGUCAACGGUAGGCUUCGAGGGUACUCUUACGGUAGGUACACCUACAGCUCAUCCCUUGACAGUAGUACUGUAGAUUACUUUAUCGCUGCCCUCAACCCAGAGUCUCUCAGAGCGUUCAGUCAGCCCACUGACACCCCUGUCAGAUCUCAGCAAAAUCACAGUCUACUUGAACAGAGCAAUACUCGAAUUAUGAGGCAUCAAAGCUAAAGGAACUGCAUAAUAUUAAGAAAUGCUAUAGAUUGAAGAAAAGUAUUGUAGAAACCUACCAACAACAAAUGCAAUCCCUUCUAGACAUCUUCCUGGACAAAAUGUUUCACGGUAAUUCAACAUGUCCCUGACUGAGUCUGUAAUACCAACAUGUUUCAAGCAGACCACCAUAGUCCCCGUGCCCAAGGACUCUAAGAUAACCUGCCUAAAUGACUACCGACCCGUAGCACUGACGUCUGUAGCCAUGAAGUGCUUUGAAAGGCUGGUCAUGGCUCACAUCAACAGCAUUAUCCCAGAAACCCUAGACCCACUCCAAUUUGCAUACCGCCCCAACAGAUCCACAGAUGAUGCAAUCUCUAUCGCACUCCACACUGCCCUUUCCCACCUGGACAAGAGGAACACCUACGUGAGAAUGCUAUUCAUUGACUACAGCUCAGCAUUCAACACCAUAGUGCCCUCUAAGCUCAUCACUAAGCUAAGGAUCCUGGGACUAAACACCUCCCUCUGCAACUGGAUCCUGGACUUCCUGACGGGCCGCCCCCAGGUGGUAAGGGUAGGUAACAACACAUCAGCCACACUGAUCCUCAACACGGGGGCCCCUCAGGGGUGCGUGCUCAGUCCCCUCCUGUACUCUCUGUUCACCCAUGACUGCAUGGCCAGGCACGACUCCAACACCAUCAUUAAGUUUGCCGACGACACAACAGUGGUAGGCCUGAUCACCGACAACGAUGAGACAGCCUAUAGGGAGGAGGUCAGAGAUCUGGCCGUGUGGUGCCAGGACAACAACCUCUCCCUCAACGUGACCAAGACAAAGGAGAUGAUUGUGGACUACAGGAAAAAAAAUAGGACUGAGCACGCCCCCAUUCUCAUCGACGGGGCUGUAGUGGAACAGGUUGAGAGCUUCAAGUUCCUUGGUGUCCACAUCACCAACGAACUAUCAUGGUCCAAACACACCAAGACAGUCGUGAAGAGGGCACGACAAAGCCUAUUCCCCCUCAGGAGACUAAAACGAUUUGGCAUGGGUCCUCAGAUCCUCAAAAAAUUAUACAGCUGCACCAUCGAGAGCAUCCUGACUGGUUGCAUCACCGCCUGGUAUGGCAACUGCUUGGCCUCUGACCGCAAGGCACUACAGAGGGUAGUGCGUACGGCCCAGUACAUCACUGGGGCAAAGCUUCCUGCCAUCCAGGACCUCUAUACCAGGCGGUGUCAGAGGAAGGCCCUCAAAAUUGUCAAAGACUCCAGCCACCCUAGUCAUAGACUGUUCUCUCUGCUACCGCACGGCAAGUGGUACCGGAGUGCCAAGUCUAGGUCCAAAAGACUUCUCAACAGCUUCUACCCCCAAGCCAUAAGACUCCUGAACAGCUAAUCAUGGCUACCCGGACUAUUUGCACUGCCCCCCCACCCCAUCCUUUUUACGCUGCUGCUACUCUGUUAAUUAUUUAUGCAUAGUCACUUUAACUCUACCCACAUGUACAUAUUACCUCAACUACCUCAACUAGCCGGUGCCCCCGCACAUUGACUCUGCAACGGUACCCCCCUGUAUAUAUAGCCUCCCUACUGUCACUUUAUUUUACUUCUGCUCUUUUUUUUCUCAACACUUUUUUUUGUUGUUUUAUUCUUACUUUUUUGGUUUAAAAUAAAUGCACUGUUGGUUAAGGGCUGUAAGUAAGCAUUUCACUGUAAUGUCUGCACCUGUUGUAUUCGGCGCAUGUGACCAAUAAAAUUUUAUUUGAUUUAAUAGUGAAGGUGUAAACUUGGCAGUAGAAAACCUAAACAGUAUAUUGGACCUCUGUUUCCCAAUCAAAUAAAAAAAAGUCAGGCAGACAACACAAGAAAAUGAACAACAAUGACAAAUGGUUUGAUGAAGAAUGCAAAAAACCUAAGAAAGACAUUGAGAAACCUAUCCAACCAAAAACAUAGAGACCCAGAAAACCUGAGCCUACGCCUUCAAUAUGGUGAAUCACUCAAACAAUACAGAAAUACACUAUGGAAAAAGAAAGAACAGCUCAAUGUCAGAAAUCAGCUCAAUGUAAUUAAAGAAUCCGUAGAAUCUAACCACUUCUGGGAAAAUUGGAACACACUAAACAAACAACAACACGAAGAGUUAUCUAUCCAAAAUGGAGAUGUAUGGAUAAACCACUUCUCCAAUCCUUUUGGCUCUAUAACAAAGAACAAACAGCAAAAACAAAUACAUGAUCAAAUACACAUUUUAGAAUCAACUAUUAAAAGACUAGCAGAACCCACUGGAUUCUCCAAUUACAUUGAAUGAACUACAGGACAACAUACAAACCCUCCAACCCAAAAAGGCCUGUGGUGUUGAUUUGUAUACUAAAAUGAUUUGAUAAAAUGUACAGACCACAAAUUCCAAUUGACUAUACUUAAACUCUUUAACAUCAUCCUCAGCUCUGGCAUCUUCCCCAAUAUUUGGAACCAAGGAUUGAUCACCCCAAUCCACAAAAGUGGAGACAAAUAUGACCCCAAUAACUACCGUGGGAUAUGCGUCAAAAGCAACCUUGGAAAAUCCUCUGCAUUAUCAUUAACAGCAGACUCGUACAUUUCCUCAGCUAAAACAAUGUACUUAGCAAAUGUCAAAUUGUCUUUACAUACGACAUUAUAAAAUCCAUGCACACAAACAACAAGUAUGCGGUUAGAAUUGGGGUGAGACAGGGAUGCAGCUUGAGCCCCACCCUCUUCAACAUACGGUACAGUGAAUUCGGAAAGUAUUCAGACCCCUUGACCUUUUUCGUCUUUGUUACGUUACAGCCUUGUUCUAAAAUGGAUUCAAUAGUCCCCCCCCCCUCAUAAAUCUACAAACAAUACCCCAUAAUGGCAAAGCAAAAACAGGUUUUAAAAUUUUUUGCUAUGAAAAAAACAAAACAAAACGAAUAUCACAUUUACAUAAGUAUUCAGACCCUUUACUCAGUACUUUGUUGAAGCACCUUUUGGCAACAAUUACUGCCUCAAUUCUUCUUGGGUAUGAGGCUACGAGCUUGGCGCACCUGUAUUUGGGGAGUUUCUCAGAUUCUUCUCUGCAGAUCCUCUCAAGCUCUGUCAGGUUGAAUGGGGAGCGUCGCUGCACAGCUAUUUUCAGGUCUCUCCAGAGAUGUUGGAUCGGGUUCAAGUCCAGGCUCUGGCUGGGCCACAAGGACAGUCAGAGACUUGUCCCAAAGCCACUCCUGCGUUGUCUUGGCUGUGUGCUUAGGGUCGUUGUCCUGUUGGAAGGUGAACCUUCGACCCAGUCUGAUGUCCUGAGCACUCUGGAGCAGGUUUUCAUCAAGGAUCUCUCUGUACUUUGCUCCGUUCAUCUUUCCCUCGAUCCUGACUAGUGUCCCAUUCUCUGCCGCUGAAAAACAUCCCCACAGCAUGAUGCUGCCACCACCAAGCUUCACCGUAGGGAUGGUGCCAGGUUUCAUCCAGACGUGACGCUUGGCAUUCAGGCCAAAUAGUUUCAUCUUGGUUUCAUCAGACCAGAGAAUCUUGUUUCUCAUGUUCUGAGUCCUUUAGGUGCCUUUUGGCAAACUCCAAGCGGGCUUCCGUUUGGCCACUCUACCAUAAAGGCCUGAUUGGUGGAGUGCUGCAGAGAUGAUUGUCCUUCUGGAAGGUUCUCCCAUCUCCACAGAGGAACUAUGGAGCUCUGUCAGAGUGACCAUCAGGUUCUUAGUCACUUCCCUGACCAAGACCCUUCUCCCCCGAUUGCUCAGUUUGGCCGGGCGGCUAGCUCUAGGAAGAGUCUUGGUGGUUCCAAACUUCUUCCAUUUAAGAAUGAUGGAGGCAACUGUGUUCUUGGGGACCUUCAAUACCGCAGACAUAUUUUGGUUCUGUUCCCCAGAUCUGUGCCUCGAAACAAUCCUUUCUCUGAGCUCUACGUACAAUUCCUUCGACCUCAUGGCUUGGUUUUUGCUCUGACAUGCACUGUCAAAAGUGGGACCUUAUAUAGACAGGUGUGUGUCUUUCCAAAUCAUGUCCCAUCAAUUGAAUUUACCACAGGUGGACUCCAAUCAAGUUGUAGAAACAUCUUAAAGAUGAUCAAUGGAAACGGGAUGCACCUGAGCUCAAUUUUGAGUCUCAUAUCAAAGGGUUUGAAUAGUUAUGUAAAUAAGGUAUAAAUAUAUAAGGUAUCUGUUUUAUAAAAAAUAAAUUCGCAAACAUUUCUGAACCUGUUUUCACUUUGUCAUUAUGGGGUAUUGUGUGUAGAUUGAUGAAGACAUUUUUUUAUUUAAUCCAUUUUAGAAUAAGGCUGUAACAUAACAAAGUGGAAAAAUGGAAGGGGUCUGAAUACUUUCCGAAUGCACUGUAUAUAUCAAUGAAUUGGCGAGGUCACUAGAACAGUCUGCAGCACCCGGCCUCACCAUCCAGUUGCCAGGACCACAAAUGCAAAUUCCAUCUAGUCUCCGUUGCCCUAGAGCACACAAACUAUACGUACCUCGGCCUAAACAUCAGCACCACAAGUAACUUCCCCAAAGCUGUGAACGAUCUGAGAGACAAGGCAAGAAGGGCCGCCUACGCCAUCAAAAGGAACAUAACAUUCGACAUACCAAUUAGGAUCUGGCUGAAAAUACGUGAAUCAGUUAUAGAACCCAUUGCCUUUUAUGGUUGUGAGGUCUGGGGUCUGCUCACCACCCAAGGAUUCACAAAAAGUGACAAACACCAAAUUGAGACUCUGCAUGCAGAAUUCUGCAAAAAUAUCCUCAGUGUACAACGUAAAACACAAAAUAAUGCAUGCAGAGCAGAAUUAGGCUGAUACUCGCUAAUGAUCAAAAUCCAGAAAAGAGCCGUUAACUUCUACAACCACCUAAAAGGAAGCGAUCCCUAAAUCUUCCAUAACAACAAAGCCAUCACCUACAGAGAGAUGAACCUGGAGAAGAGUCCCCUAAGCAAGCUGGUCCUGACCCCACUGAGCCCCAGGAUAGCAACACAAUUAGACCCAACCAAAUCAUGAGAAAACAAAAAGAGAAUUACUUGACACAUUGGAAAGAAUUAACAAAAAAACAGCGCAAACUAGAAGGCUAUUUGGCCCUAAACAGAUGUACACAGUGGCAGAAUACCUGACCACUGUGACUUACCCAAAAUUAAGGAAUGCUUUGACUAUGUACAGACUCAGUGAGCAUAGCCUUGCUAUUGAGAAAGACCGCUCUAGGCAGACCUGGCUCUCAAGAGAAGACAGUCUAUGUGCAUACUGCCCACAAAAUGAGGUGGAAACAGAGACGCACAUCCUGACCUCCUGCCAAAUGUAUGACCAUAUUAGAGACAUAUUUCCCUCAGAUUACACAGACCCACAAAGAAUUUGAAAACAGGGAAGAGAUUUUUGACGUACCGAUUCCAUGGCAUAGUGUUUAUGAACUGAUACGCAAAACGACGCCGGAUUCAAAACUUAGUAUUUUUCAAUUAAAAUGUUUAUAUAAAAUUAUUGCUACCAAUUGAAUUUGUAUGGGGGAUACAAUCUUCCCAGCUCUGCAGAUUUGGCUGUGAAGAGACAGAAUCAUAUCAUUUGUUUUGGUACUGUCCAUUUGUAGCUUGUUUCUGGACACAGGUCCAGGAAUGGCUGAAGGAUUGCAAUAUUUGCAUGGAGCUGACCCUGCAGAUGGCACUACUGGGUGAUCUGAAAAGUCAUAGUCAAUCGAUCAAUAAUAUAAUAAUACUUUUAGCAAAGAUGUUUAUUUUCAAUUCACAAACUGUAGAAACAAUGAGAAUAGAAAGGUUCAGAACUUUUGUAAAACAUCACAGUACAGUUGAAAAAUAUAUGGCAGAUAGAAAUCCAUUAUGGAUGGUGUUAAGAGAUAGAUGGGAGGUGUUGAAUGGAGCUGAAGAAUGGGACUAAUAACAACAACUAAUAACAAGAUAACUAGUGGAAGACAUGCUGUGUCCAUAAUAAGUAUAUAGGUUAUAUAUUGUGAGCUUUUGUGAAAGAGCACAGUUAGAAAGAUAUGGUAUAUAGAAGCAUACCAGAUGGACAUCAUGAAAAUGAUCGGAGAAAGUUCAGGAGUAAAAACAAACAAAGUAUAAUUAUUGACUGUGUCCAUAAAAUGUAUAUAGUAUGUAUAAGCAUGAAGUAGAGGCCUAAGCAUUGUUGUUCACUAGUUUACUCCAAUUAGGAAAGGGAUGGUGGGGUUGGAAAGUAAUAAAGGGAAAUAUAUACAGUGGGGAGAACAAGUAUUUGAUACACUGCCGAUUUUGCAGGUUUUCCUACUUACAAAGCAUGUAGAGGUCUGUAAUUUUUAUCAUAGGUACACUUCAACUGCGAGAGACGGAAUCGAAAACAAAAAUCCAGAAAAUCACAUUGUAUGAUUUUUAAGUAAUUCAUUUGCAUUUUAUUGCAUGACAUAAGUAUUUGAUCACCUACCAACCAGUAAGAAUUCCGGCUCUCACAGACCUGUUAGUUUUUCUUUAAGAAGCCCUCCUGUUCUCCACUCAUUACCUGUAUUAACUGCACCUGUUUGAACUCGUUACCUGUAUAAAAGACACCUGUCCACACACUCAAUCAAACAGACUCCCUCAGUAAGAGCAUUGAAGAUGGGUCGUGGCUGGGUCUUCCAGCAUGACAACGACCCGAAACACACAGCCAGGGCAACUAAGGAGUGGCUCCGUAAGAAGCAUCUCAAGGUCCUGGAGUGGCCUAGCCAGUCUCCAGACCUGAACCCAAUAGAAAAUCUUUGGAGGGAGCUGAAAGUCCGUAUUGCCCAGCGACAGCCCCGAAACCUGAAGGAUCUGGAGAAGGUUUGUAUGGAGGAGUGGGCCAAAAUCCCUGCUGCAGUGUGUGCAAACCUGGUCAAGACCUACAGGAAACGUAUGAUCUCUGUAAUUACAAACAAAGGUUUCUGUACCAAAUAUUAAGUUCUGCUUUUCUGAUGUAUCAAAUACUUAUGUCAUGCAAUAAAAUGCAAAUUAAUUACUUAAAAAUCAUACAAUGUGAUUUUCUGGAUUUUUGUUUUAGAUUCCGUCUCUCACAGUUGAAGUGUACCCAUGAUAAAAAUUACAGACCUCUACAUGCUUUGUAAGUAGGAAAACCUGCAAAAUCGGCAGUGUAUCAAAUACUUGUUCUCCCCACUGUAUGUAUAUGUAUAUAUGUAUAUGUAUAUAUAUAUAUAUAUAUAUAUAUAUAUAUAUAUAUAUAUAUAUAUAUAUAUAUAUAUAUAUAUAUAUAGUGCUAUGAAAAAUUAUUUGCCCCCUUUCUAAUUUCCUCUACUUUUGCAUAUUUGUGAUACUGAAUGUUAUCAGAUCUUCAACCAAAACCUAAUAUUAGAUAAAGGGAACAUAAGUGAACAAAUAACACAAAAAUUACAUAUUUAUUUCAUAAACGAAGUAAUGCAACACCCAAUUCCCCUGUGUGAAAAAGUAAUUGCCCCAUUACACUCAAUAACUGGUUGUGCCACCUUUAGCUGCAAUGACUCCAACCAAAUGCUUCCUGUAGUUGUUGAUCAGUCUCUCACGUCGCUGUGGAGGAAUUUUGGCCCACUCUUCUAUGCAGAACUGCUUUAACUCAGUGAUGUGUGGGUUUUCAAGCAUGAACUGUUCGUUUUCAAGUCCUGCCACAACAUCUCAAUUGGGAUUAGGUCUGGACUUUGACUAGGCCAUUCCAAAACUUCCAAUUUGUUGCUUUUUAGCAAUUUUCAUGUAGACUUGAUUGUGUGUUUUGGAUCAUUGUCUUGCUGCAUGACCCAGCUGCGUUUCAGCUUCAGCUCACAGACGGAUGGUGUGACAUUCUCUGAUACAGAGCAGAAUUCAUGGUUCCUUCUAUUAAGGCAAGUCGUCCAGGUCCUGAGGCAGCAAAGCAUCCCCAAACCAUCACACCACCACCAUCAUGCUUGACCUUUGGUAUGAUGUUCUUACUGUGGAAUGCAGAGUUUGGUUUUCGCCAGGCAUUACUGGAAUCAUGUCGUACAAAAAGUUAUACUUUUGAAUCAUCUGUCCAUAGAAUGUUCUUCCAAGAGUCUUGAUGAUCAUCCAGGUGCUUUUUGGCAAACUUUAGUCAACUUUUUGGACGAGAUGGGUCCCAUUAUGCCUGGCGAAAACCAAACACUGCAUUCCACAGUAAGAACAGCAUACCAAAGGUCAAGCAUGGUGGAAAUGGCGGAGCCAUUUAUGCAUAGUGCAUCUUUAAAUCAAAUGUUACAGAGGAAAGUGAAGAUCAAGUUAAAGUGGGUGGGUAAUAGCUGUGGAAUUCACAUUGAACUGAGAGUAUUUGGCAUCUUUGGCAGAAGAGAAACACAUCCCUCAGUCUCACUUUGACUUUACUUGCUAUUUUUUACUCUUUCUGAUAACCUCUCUCUCUCUCUCUCCACAGAGUGUAUUCUGAGCCCCAUGUCUCUUCUCUGGAAGCUCUAGCACCGGUGUCUUCCUCUCCUGUCAGUGGUGGCGACCCCUGUAGGAGCAUGUCGGCAGCACAGACUCAGAAGGACAGCGAGGGUCCUUGGGGACUGGACUCCCUGGGCCUGAGCCAGAGAGAGCUGGUCCUGGCUGAAGCCCUACAGAUGGAGUAUGAUGCCCUGUCCAGACUCAAACAGGACAAGGGGGUGGACAGCCAGGGGACCAGCAGCCAGGGGGGUGGGAAGGUACCUAAGCAACUCCCCUGGGAGGGCCAGACGCAGGUCGAUCGCCCCCUCCCACCCUGCCCCAGUCUUAGUCCUCCUGGAAGGAGUUUGCUAAGAGGGCUAUCUUGCUCGGACCCCUCCCUCCACCACCUCCAGCCUGGGGGGUCCCACUCCCCACAGCCCUCCCCAGCCAGGGCCACCUCUCCUCAGGGAAGCCAUAGCAAGGAGCCCAUCUAUAUCCUGGAGAGUCCAGGGAAGGGAGACUACCUGAGCUCCAGCUAUGGGGAGUCUGGGUCUACCUAUGGUUCUUCUCUGACUCUGCCUAAAGGCUUCCCCCCUCCUCCUGAUGACCCUCCUCCUGCUGUACCCCCCAGGACCCCUCUACCCCCCUCCUCUGAGCCCUUCCUGCCCCCCCGACCCGCUACGACUCCCCGAGAUGUCAACCUGUUCACCCCCGAUGUGGACAAGCCCAAACUGUCGUCAGGUGAGAUGCUAAACUACGAGAGCCUCAACGACGCUCUCUCCAAGCUCAAUGGGGAUUGGCCAUCGCCAAGGGGUAGGCGGGCCAACGGGGACCAAUCAGGGAAGCCGGUGGCUCGGGGGAGUAAGACUCUCCCCCCUCAGGUGCCCCCCCGCACCUACUUACCUAUCCAGAAGAGCAACAAGAACCAGCACAGAGUGUCAGCCGUCCCGGUAACUACUCACCCUAUGACAGACUAUGACAGGGUUACGGCCGGUUCACGACAGCUUCAUUACGUGACUUAGCAUGACAUAGCAUUAAUUCACAUCUAGCAUUGUUACCUCAUACCCUCAUUCCAUGUUUCCAUAGGGAAACCUAGACACAAAUAAAGAAGCCUUGAAAUGUCUAGUUUUGUUUUAUCCCCAGUUUAAUUCAAUCCAGUCAAGUCCAGCCCAGCUGUGUUCUGUUAUGUUGAGUUAUGUGACUCUGAUCUUUCCUGUGUCUCUGUGUGUGUGUGAUUGACAGGUGUCCCUGGGCCCCAGGCUCAAUGGUUUUGGCUAUGAGCUCUUCCAGGUGUCAGAGGAGAGAGAUGAGGAGGUUGCAGCCUUCUGUCACAUGCUCGAUGUGUAAGUGUAUGGCCCAAUCCCAAAUCGACCCCUACACCCAAUGCACUUGUGGAGAUCUGAGAGGAUUUGAUUGAUAUAAGCCAUAUGGUUAAACUUCCACCUACGGUAUUAGAAGGAAAGAUGGAGCUAUUGCCACAUUGCUUACACCUAUCACAUCCUCUCAGAACUCCACAUAGGACAUAGUGUUUGGGGUUGAUUUGGGAUUGGGGCCAAAUGUUACCCUUUUACCCUCAGUCAGGCUGUGUCAUGGUUUUGUUGUGGUUGUAUUAUGGUCAGAUUGUGGUCAGGCUGACUAUAUGCAGUUAUCACCAUGACUGUGUGUUGUCAGGCUAUUUAUUAUCUGUUAAUAAUCAUCCCUGUGUGUUGUGGUUGUGUUGUGUUCAGAUUGCGGUCUACGUAUCCGUGCAGCGACCGGUCUAAGAACACAGGGUUUGUGUGGUCACCCUCAGUGGGGCCGGAAGAGCUGCAACAGGGGUUAGGGGUCAGCAUCAAGGUUACGGUCAUCAGCGACCACUUUAAAGAACCACUCACCUUCACCUGCGAUGGUAAGACACACACACACACACACACACACACACACACAAUGCAGACCCUGCAGGUUCAACAGCACAGAGAUCUCACCCCUAUUCUCAUACACACCCUCAGUGAAUGUAAUGUUUGCUUCCCUCAGUCCUGUCCAGACCACUGUGGUUGUCCAGGAUCAGGGAUAAGGGAUCAGGGAUCAGAAAUAAGGGAAAGCCUGUUGUUGGAGUUCCCUUAAUGUAAUUACGCUGACCGGAUCACAGCCAACCAACUGGCCUCUCAAUUAAACAUGACUGACUCUCAUUCAUCUGUCGGAGGGAGGGAGAGGGAAAGAGAGGAGGAAUAGAGGGAGAUUUAAGGAAUGGGGGAGGAAAGGAAUCAUCACUAUGUUCAUGCCAAGAAAGUUUACUGUUUUUCUGCCUUGCUUUCUCUCUCUGUUUCUCUCUCCACCUCACCCUUUCUCCAUUAGUGGGUGUAAGACUAUGUGCUGUGGGUACAGUCAGGUCAUGACUCAUGAUUGGGGCAGAGAGGUUGUUUGUUCUCACUCAGAGAGAUCAAACUGGCCAAAUAAACAGUCACUCUAUUGCCUCAUUCUUCGGUCUCUCUCAAUUCAAUUCAAUAGACUUUAUUAACAUGGCAAGUUAAAUUACUUACAUUGUCAAAGUAUACAUAUAACAACAAUGGUGGGACCAACAGCAAUAAUAAUAGUAGUAGUGGAAAUGGGAUUACCAUUAACAGCAACUACAACAACAAUAUUAAUGAGAAUAACAAUACAUUAAAGCAAUCUCUCUCGCUCUCUCUCUCUCAGGGUCGUCUACGGUAGACCUGUUGAUCUACCAGACGUUGUGUUAUGCUCAUGAAGACCUCGACCACAUCGAUGUCGACCACUACCUCCUCAAAGUCUGCGGUCAGGCAGAGUUCCUACAGAAGUAAAGACAACCAUCUAUCUCUAAAGUUUUUAUUUUCUUUCUUUCCUGUUAGUUGGGCCCAGAGGGUGGGACUGGGAGGUAGAGAGCACACACACACACAUGCGAUUACACAAACAGCAGUUCUGUAAGGCAGAGAAGUGACGAGAGCCUUGCCUUGGAAAAGCCUCUCUCAUAGACCUUGGCUAUACACUCCUAGACCGUGGCUAUACACUCCUAGACCGUGGCUAUACACUCCUAGACCUUGGCUGUACACUCCUCGACCGUGGCUAUACACUCCUAGACCUUGGCUAUACACUCCUAGACCGUGGCUAUACACUCCUAGACCGUGGCUAUACACUCCUAGACAGUGGCUAUAUACUCAUAGACCUUGGCUGUACACUCCUCGACCGUGGCUAUACACUCCUAGACCGUGGCUAUACACUCCUAGACCGUGGCUAUACACUCCUCGACCGUGGCUAUACACUCCUCGACCGUGGCUAUACACUCCUCGACCGUGGCUAUACACUCCUAGACCGUGGCUAUACACUCCUAGACCGUGGCUAUACACUCCUCGACCGUUGCUAUACACUCCUCGACCGUGGCUAUACACUCCUAGACCGUGGCUAUACACUCAUAGACCUUGGCUGUACACUCCUCGACCGUGGCUAUACACUCCUAGACCUUGGCUAUACACUCCUAGACCGUUGCUAUACACUCCUAGACCGUUGCUAUACACUCCUAGACCGUGGCUAUACACUCCUAGACCGUGGCUAUACACUCAUAGUCUCAGCCCUGUGUUUGUGUGUGUGUGUGUAUGCAUGCAUGUCUCAACCUUACGUUUCAGUGAGUGUGUGUAUGUUUGUAUGCGAGAGGCCCAGGCUAUUGGAGUGUGUGUGUUUUAGGCUUUAUCAUGACUGACAUUGCAGUGAGUUGGAGGUAGACUGUGGGAGAGAGAGAGCUAGAGUGUGUGUGUGUCUUUGUGGUCCAGAUAUACACACUCAUUUAACUGAAGGCCUCAAUUGUGGUAGUUUUUAACAAGCUCUGCUGAUGUCUGUGGGCCGACCUAAACCACCCCCCUUUUUCCACACUCACACACUCACGCACAGUAACAGUAUGUCUGUGGGCCAGCUUAGCCACAGUGGGUUUCCCCUAAAACAUGACCUUUCCCCCCGCACCACACACACCCUGACACACACCCUGACAUGCACACACCCUCCUUCCCACUCCCCUAUGAAGUCUUCUUUCAGAGGAAAACAGCCAGCCAGGGUUGAAAUGUAUUUUACAGCAAGCUUCAUUCCGGUCCAGUGCAGCUGAACAUAUACAGUGGGGAGAACAAGUAUUUGAUACACUGCCGAUUUUGCAGGUUUUCCUACUUACAAAGCAUGUAGAGGUCUGUAAUUUUUAUCAUGGGUACACUUCAACUGUGAGAGACGGAAUCUAAAACAAAAAUCCAGAAAAUCACAUUGUAUGAUUUUUAAGUAAUUAAUUUGCAUUUUAUUGCAUGACAUAAGUAUUUGAUACAUCAGAAAAGCAGAACUUAAUAUUUGGUACAGAAACCUUUGUUUGCAAUUACAGAGAUCAUACGUUUCCUGUAGGUCUUGACCAGGUUUGCACACACUGCAGCAGGGAUUUUGGCCCACUCCUCCAUACAAACCUUCUCCAGAUCCUUCAGGUUUCGGGGCUGUCGCUGGGAAAUACAGACUUUCAGCUCCCUCCAAAGAUUUUCUAUUGGGUUCAGGUCUGGAGACUGGCUAGGCCACUCCAGGACCUUGAGAUGCUUCUUACGGAGCCACUCUUUACAAAAAUCCAGAAAAUCACAUUGUAUGAUCUUUAAGUUAUUGCAUGACAUAAGUAUUUGAUCACCUACCAACCAGUAAGAAUUCCGGCUCUCACAGACCUGUUAGUUUUUCUUUAAGAAGCCCUCCUGUUCUCCACUCAUUACCUGUAUUAACUGCACCUGUUUGAACUCGUUACCUGUAUAAAAGACACCUGUCCACAUACUCAAUCAAACAGACUCCAACCUCUCCACAAUGGCCAAGACCAGAGAGCUGUGUAAGGACAUCAGGGAUAAAAUUGUAGACCUGCACAAGGCUGGGAUGGGCUACAGGACAAUAGGCAAGCAGCUUGGUGAGAAGGCAACAACUGUUUGCGCAAUUAUUAGAAAGUUCAAGUUGACGGUCAAUCACCCUCGGUCUGGGGCUCCAUGCAAGAUCUCACCUCGUGGGGCAUCAAUGAUCAUGAGGAAGGUGAGGGGUCAGCCCAGAACUACACGGCAGGACCUGGUCAAUGACCUGAAGAGAGCUGGGACCACAGUCUCAAAGAAAACCAUUAAUAACACACUACGCCGUCAUGGAUUAAAAUCCUGCAGCGCACGCAAGGUCCCCCUGCUCAAGGCAGCGCAUGUCCAGGCCCGUCUGAAGUUUGCCAAUGACCAUCUGGAUGAUCCAGAGGAGGAAUGGGAGAAGGUCGUGUGGUCUGAUGAGACAAAAAUAUAGCUUUUUGGUCUAAACUCCACUCGCCGUGUUUGGAGGAAGAAGAAGGAUGAGUACAACCCCAAGAACACCAUCCCAACCGUGAAGCAUGGAGGUGGAAACAUCAUUCUUUGGGGAUGCUUUUCUGCAAAGGGGAGAGGACGACUGCACCGUAUUGAGGGGAGGAUGGAUGGGGCCAUGUAUCGCGAGAUCUUUGCCAACAACCUCCUUCUCCAUGACAACGACCCGAAACACACAGCCAGGGCAACUAAGGAGUGGCUCCGUAAGAAGCAUCUCAAGGUCCUGGAGUGGCCUAGCCAGUCUCCAGACCUGAACCCAAUAGAAAACCUUUGGAGGGAGCUGAAAGUCUGUAUUGCCCAGCGACAGCCCCGAAACCUGAAGGAUCUGGAGAAGGUCUGUAUGGAGGAGUGGGCCAAAAUCCCUGCUGCAGUGUGUGCAAACCUGGUCAAGAACUACAGGAAACGUAUGAUCUCUGUAAUUGCAAACAAAGGUUUCUGUACCAAAUAUUAAGUUCUGCUUUUCUGAUGUAUCAAAUACUUAUGUCAUGCAAUAAAAUGCAAAUGAAUUAUUAAAAAAUCAUACAAUGUGAUUUUCUGGAUUUUUGUUUUAGAUUCCGUCUCUCACAGUUGAAGUGUACCUAUGAUAAAAAUUACAGACCUCUACAUGCUUUGUAAGUAGGAAAACCUGCAAAAUCGGCAGUGUAUCAAAUACUUGUUCUCCCCACUGUAUGUGUGUGUUUGCACAUGUUUUCUAGCUCAGUGCAGCUGCACAUAUACAUGCAAGAGAGAGAGAGCGUGUGUGUCUGUCUUUCAGGUUGUUGUUUUUUUCAGGCCCAGAGCAGCUGUUUGUUUCCUUGUCUGUGUGUGUGUGUCUGUGUGUGUGUCUGUGUGUGUGCGCGCAUGUGCGUUUCUGGCCUACAGCUGAGCAGCAGCAGGAAGUGUGUUUUCCCCUGAUAACCUGCGGCUGUUAAAAGUGGGCGGGACUUUCUCUGUGUGCUGAGGUCAUUGUUUGUUACCCAGCUGUCAAUCACAGGGCUGGAAUGUAGUAGGGCUUCAGCUCUCUCUCUUUUGUUUCCCCUCCCCUCUCACUCUCUUAUUUAUGGCUGGAGCAAAACAAUCACCUCACAAUGAACUCCCAUGCCCAUAUUGUAGUGGGUUUUCCCCUGUGUGUGUAUUCACGAAGUACAGCUGCAUCACAGCAUUGUGUCGGGACAUGGCUUCUUCACUUGAAUGGCAUACUUGUCCAACAAAUGUUUUUUUGUUUUGUUUUUUUAUGAAUAAUGUGUUUGUUUUUUUGAUGAAUGUACUUUAAUGCUUUGUUUAUAUAUAUAUAUAUAUAUAUAUAUAUAUAUAUAUAUAUAUAUAUAUAUAUAUAUAUAUAUAUAUAUAUAUAUUUGGACAACUUUUCUAUAAAACUUUAAGUCUCUCUCUCUCUGUCUCUCUCUCUGUCUCUCUCUGUCUCUUUAUUUCUGUAUCUCGCUCUCUCUCUCUCUCUUUGUCAGUUCCCAGACGUUGGCUGGGUUGGAGUAUAUCCAGCUGUGUUUGAAGUUUGACUGGGACAUUCGUCUCUUCCUUAGCAAGAGAGGCUCUGUCAACACAGAUCUGGGCCGCACGGUGAGCACACACACACACACUACACCACACACGCAUGCAUGCAGUAGCACGCACGCAGUAGCCCACACACACACACACACACACACACACACACACACACACUCUUGUUUGAUGAUGUGGUUGUGUUGUGAUUGACAGGAGGAAGAUGAUGAGAUGGCCUCUACGAUGAACCACAGCAUCCUGCUGCAGGAGCGACCAAUCAAACAGACAGUUACUAGGUGAGGGGGAGGGGCCUAGAGCUCUCGCACCACUGAUUACAUUAGAGAUGCAACCUUCAUCAAGGUGAUUUGUAAUCUGAUUGGAUAACUUAGAUGAUUGGAAGUAAAAUAAAUGUGAUGUGUCUACCAACUGGGACGGAUUAGUUAAAUCUUCUUGGAAUAUGUUAAAACUUAUUUAAAAAGCAAUAGAAGGCCUUCGGCUGAGACUUUGAUAUCUUUAACAGUGUUGUUGAUAUUUCCUUGUUUGAACAGGGAGGCUUUGACUCUGCUCCUGGACACCUUUCAGAACGAGGCUGAGUCCUUCCUGCUAUCAGAGGUAACCUUCUACACACACGCCCAUACACACACACAAGAAGGAACACAAACAUGUUUGGCUUUUUUUAUUCUUAAAAUUGAUGUGUAAGAUAGAGAAUUCAAUGUUCUCUCCCUCCCGCCCUCUGUAGGUGGAGCUUGUGUUGCACGUGGAAAGGCUCGUCCAAUCAUUGAAGGCUCUAUGCAGCUCGCUGGCUGCCGUGGAAACGCCUGACAUCACUUCCGCCCUCAACCAGCUUCCAGCAUGCCCCUGUCGUCUGCAGCCCAGAGUCCAGAAGGUAAACACACACACUCACAAUCACACACACAUCUGCCACGCUUCAGAUACACAGAUCUAGGAUCAGUUUACCCUCCCUCAAUCAUAGCCUUAAACAUUAUGAUCUUAGAUCAGUACCCAAGGAUAACUUCAUUCAUUACUGUACUCCUGUAACUCCAGAACCAACGGUUGGUUGAAUGCAUUCUGUAACUGUGUAUGUGUGUGUCUCUUCACAGGAUUCAUCAGUGCUGGCCAUCAGAGAGAACAGAGGUAAGUUCCUCACUACUUUAAUGUCCUACAACAACACAGAAUAAUCCACACAGAGAUACUGGGUGGUAGGGGAUGACAGACAGAAGACGGGAUAUGAGAAAGAGGACAGACAGAGGGGAAGGGAGAAAGAGGACAGACAGAGGAGAAGGGAGAAAGGUGAACUGAGGAUAGAAAAAGAGGAGUGAUGAGAUACUGUAGAUGGAAGAGAGGAGCGAGGGAGGAAGAGGACAGAUGGAGAGGAGGGUCACUGGGUUAUGGGGUCAAGGUCAGGUCUGUACAGUAGUGUAACGGAAUUAAGAUCGUACCGUAAGCUCCACAGCCGAGUUGCUAGCUUUUCGGCGGCACAACUGGCUAGUACGUUGUCAAGAGGACGGUCAUGUAUUUUUGCGAGGCAGAGGAACCUGGGUUGAGCCAUUGUACACACCGUGUACCCAGAUAGGGAGGAAGCUAUACUGCUAAGCAGGCACACUGGUCCAUCACAGUAGCACUAUCUCAUGUCAGAGCGGAAGUGUCCUUGACUUGUUGUGACGCACAUCCGUGACAUCCUUCUCGGCGGUUGUCCCUAAUCUCUACCUCCCCCUGUCACACUCAGCCAUCCUUCCUGUUUGUUUAACUUCGUACAGGAUACACCAAGCACCUCCUACAUCCAUCCACCGCCCUCUAUCUGUCCGUCCGCCCUAGAAAAGAGAGGGAUAACAUUUCAGAGAGGUGGGAUGUUGUUUUCUGUGUAGGGCUGAGCUGCUGCUCCACUGGAUGUAUAAAGAGACACAAUGUAAACAGUGGAGCCCAGUCAGCUGAGCUGUGUUGACAUAGAGCAGCCAUGUUCUGUUUCCCAAAUGGCACCCCUAAGAGCCUUGGUCAAAAGUAGUGCACUAUAUAGGUAAGAGGGUGCCAUUUGUGAUGUAGCCAUGGAAUGAUGACAAUAACUGAUGUUUGACAUUCCUCUGGUAGUGUAGAAACACAAGGUGAUGAACAGGUGAAAACACACACUGUACAAUAGAGCAGUGUUUCCCAACCCUGGUCCUGGAGGACCCCCAACAGGACAAGCACACCUGAUUCAACUUGUCAACUAAUCAUCAAGCCCUCAAUGAGUUGCAUGAGGUGUGUUUGUCAAGGGCUACAAUGAAACUGUAUACUGUUGGGGGUACUCGAGGGCCAGGUCGUAGGGUCGGUGAUGUGAAUCUAAAUGGUUUCUGAAAAUGUUGCAGAGAAAGUGGUGGAGAAGCUGACAGCGGCCAUUUUGGAUCUGGUGGAGCUGUACUGCAGCACGUUCAACGCUAACUUCCACACCACGGUGCAGAGCAACCGGCACACGGCGCCCACACAGGAAGCAGGCCUGGUCACCAACGUCCUAUCCUUCAGCGUCUACGCUGCUCACCGCAUCCCCAUCAUAUGGGCUGCCAGGUAACACACACACACGGGCAGCUGUUCAGGCUGGAUUUCCCCAGUAUAAUCCAUGAGGAUGACAUUGUGUUAUGAAGCAUAGCAGCAUACCUUCUCCCUCUCUCCUCCUCCCUCCCCUUCUCCCUCUACUUCUCUCUUUCCUUCACUCUCCCGCCCAUUUUCACUUCCCUUACUUUUCCCAUCCUCUCUUCCCUCUUCUACCCUGUUUUUCCCCUCCCUGUCCCCAUCCCAUCCCUCCCUCUAUAUUGACCUGAGUGUAUUCAGUUCAGGCCAAACCCUCCCCCUGAAUCUCCAUUCAUCUGUCUUCUCUAAGCAACUGCCCUCUCCUCAACUCUCCUCUGGCACUGCCAUCCCACCAUUCCCAUACAUUCUAUACACAAGUCCUUACCCUGCCCAUUCCCCCACACUCACCCUACAGCCCUAUUGCCCUUACCACUGUCUCUGUGGCUACACUUUCCCCUGUACUCUCCCUAUCCCCACUGCUGUGUAUGGCCCUGCUUCACUCCCCCACCCCCUUCCAGCCACGUGAAUGGUCCGCUCUGCUCCACCCCCAUCCCCUCUCCAGACCCCAGUUGGCUGGCCCCUUUGUCUCCCCCUGAAACUGAUGCUGGCAUGUGAUUGGUUCCUGACAAAGGGUGAUUGACAGCUUGGGAACCCUGCCUAACCUUUGACCCGAAGGGGCGGGGCAGAGUGCUGGCUGGUCGCUAGGCACCUGUCCGGCGGUGUCACAUGCCAUCUUUGUGUGUGAAGUUGUGUCUUUGUGUGCAGGAAGACUGAUCAAUUGAUACCAAAAUAACAGCUAAUCUCCCACACAAUAGAUAUCCUCUGUAUUGAUAAGGUUUUCAGAUAGGGAUUUAGGUAGCAAUUAGGAAUGUGCAUAUUUCCCUUUCAAGACGAUACGAUAUGUAUCAAGAUACAUGGGCUCCGAUACGAGAAAACAGCGCCGGAGAAGAUGGCUGCUGUUUUACAGCCCUCUAACCAAUUGUACUAUUAUGUGUGUUUUUCCGCGUUAUUUGUAAUUUAUUUUGUACAUAAUGUUUCUGCCAUCGUCUCUUAUAACCAAAAAGAGCUUCUGGAUAUUAGGACAGCGAUGACUCACCGCAUAUUGGACGAAGAUUUUUUCUUCAACAAGGCGGCCGCGAAGGAUAUCCUACAGACACCCGACAAGGCCCAAAUUCGCGUGAGGAAGAGACGGAGAUAUCGUGGACGUAGGGCGGUGUGCCUUCUAUCCUGCCUACAUCGGCAGGAUAGAACGGCUGACUCCGGUAAGACAAGGGGUGGCGGUGUAUAUUUGUAAACAACAGCUGGUGCACAAAAUCAAAUACUAAGGAAAUCUCAAGGUUUUGCUCGCCUGAGGUAGAGUAUCUUAUGAUAAGCUGUAGACCACACUAUUUACCAAGAGAGUUUUCAUCUAUAUUUUUCAUAGCUGUCUAUUUACCACCACAAACCAAUGCUGGCAUUAAGAUUGCAUUGAAUGAGCUGUAUAAGGCCAUAAAUCAGCAGGAAAACGCUCAUCCAGAUGCAGCGCUCCUAGUGGCCGGGGAGUUUAAUGCAGGGAAACUUAAAUCCGUUCUACCUAAUUUCUACCAGCAUGUUAAAUGUGCAACCAGAGGAAAAAAAACUCUAGACCACCUUUACUCCACACACAGAGACGCAUACAAAGCUCUCCCUCGCCCUCCAUUUGGCAAAUCUGACCAUAACUCUAUCCUCCUGAUUCCUGCUUAUAAGCAAAAACUAAAGCAGGAAGCACCAGUGACUCGGUUAAUAAAAAAGUGGUCAGAUGACACAGAUGCUAAGCUACAGGACUGUUUUGCUAGCACAGACUGGAACAUGUUCCGGGAUUCUUCAGAUAGCAUUGAGGAGUACACCACAUCAGUCACUGGCUUCAUCAAUAAGUGCAUCGAUGAUGUCGUCCCCACAGUGACCGUACGUACAUACCCCAACCAGAAGCCAUGGAUUACAGGAAACAUCCGCACUGAGCUAAAAGGUAGAGCUGCCGCUUUCAAGGAGCGGGACUCUAACCCGGACGCUUAUAAGAAAUCCCGCUAUGCCCUCCGACGAACCAUCAAACAGGCAAAGAGUCAAUACAGGACUAAGAUUGAAUCGUACUACACUGGCUCUGACGCUCGUCGGAUGUGGCAGGGCUUGAAAACUAUUACAGACUACAAAGGGAAGCACAGCCGCGAGCUGCCCAGUGACACAAGACUUCCAGACGAGCUAAACCACUUCUAUGCUCGCUUCGAGGCAAGCAACACUGAAGCAUGCAUGAGAGCACCAGCUGUUCCGGAUGACUAUGUGAUCACGCUCUCUGUAGCCGAUGUGAGUAAGACUUUUAAGCAGGUCAACAUUCACAAGGCCGCAGGGCCAGACGGAUUACCAGGACGUGUACUCCGAGCAUGUGCUGACCAACUGGCAAGUGUCUUCACUGACAUUUUCAACAUGUCCCUGACUGAGUCUGUAAUACCAACAUGUUUCAAGCAGACCACCAUAGUCCUCGUGCCCAAGGACUCUAAGAUAACCUGCCUAAAUGACUACCGACCCAUAGCACUGACGUCUGUAGCCAUGAAGUGCUUCGAAAGGCUGGUCAUGGCUCACAUCAACAUCAUUAUCCCAGAAACCCUAGACCCACUCCAAUUUGCAUACCACCCCAACAGAUCCACAGACGAUGCAAUCUCUAUUGCACUCCACACUGCCCUUUCCCACCUGGACAAGAGGAACACCUACGUGAGAAUGCUAUUCAUUGACUACAGCUCAGCAUUCAACACCAUAGUGCCCUCAAAGCUCAUCACUAAGCUAAGGAUCCUGGGACUAAACACCUCCCUCUGCAACUGGAUCCUGGACUUCCUGACAGGCCGCCCCCAAGUGGUAAGGGUAGGUAACAACACAUCUGCCACACUGAUCCUCAACACAGGGGCCCCUCAGGGGUGCGUGCUCAGUCCCUUUCUGUACUCCCUGUUCACCCAUGACUGCAUGUCCAGGCACGACUCCAACACCAUCAUUAAGUUUGCCGACGACACAACAGUGGUAGGCAUGAUCACCGACAACGAUGAGACAGCCUAUAGGGAGGAGGUCAGAGACCUGGCCGUGUGGUGCCAGGACAACAACCUCUCCCUCAACGUGACCAAGACAAAGGAGAUGAUUGUGGACUACAGGAAAAAAAAGAGGACUGAGCACGCCCCCAUUCUCAUCGACGGGGCUGUAGUGGAACAGGUUGAGAGCUUCAAUUUCCUUGGUGUCCACAUCACCAACGAACUAUCAUGGUCCAAACACACCAAGACAGUCGUGAAGAGGGCACGACAAAGCCUAUUCCCCCUCAGGAGACUGAAAAGAUUUGGCAUGGGUCCUCAGAUCCUCAAAAAAUUCUACAGCUGCACCAUCGAGAGCAUCCUGACUGGUUGCAUCACCGCCUGGUAUGGCAACUGCUUGGCCUCCGACCGCAAGGCACUACAGAGGGUAGUGCAUACGGCCCAGUACAUCACUGGGGCCAAGCUUCCUGCCAUCCAGGACCUCUAUACCAGGCGGUGUCAGAGGAAAGCCCUCAAAAUUGUCAAAGACUCCAGCCACCCUAGUCAUAGACUGUUCUCUCUGCUACCGCACGGCAAGCGGUACCGGAGUGCCAAGUCUAGGUCCAAAAGACUUCUCAACAGCUUCUACCCCCAAGCCAUAAGACUCCUGAACAGCUAAUCAUGGCUACCCAGACUAUUUGCACUGCCCCCCCACCCCAUCCUUUUACGCUGCUGCUACUCUGUUAAUUAUUUAUGCAUAGUCACUUUAACUCUGCCCACAUGUACAUAUUACUUCAACUACCUCAACUAGCCGGUGCCCCCGCACAUUGACUCUGCACCGGCACCCCCCUGUAUAUAUAGCCUCCCUACUGUUAUUUUAUUUUACUUCUGCUCUUUUUUUCUCAACACUUUUUUUGUUGUUGUUUAAUUUUUACUUUUUUGUUAAAAAUAAAUGCACUGUUGGUUAAGGGCUGUAAGUAAGCAUUUCACUGUAAUGUCUGCACCUGUUGUAUUCGGCGCAUGUGGCCAAUAAAAUGUGAUUUGAUUUGAUACAGAAACUGUAUGUUUUAGUUUGAAUCGAUUCGGUUUGAUUACAGAACGAAUCAAUGCAAUGUGGUUCGAUUCGAUGCACUAACGUUUGUUGCAUAAACACAUUCAUUUUACACAAGUCCUUACCCUACCCAUUCCCCCACACUCACAGGCUAUAGCCAGAUCAGAGUUGUGUCUCCAGUAGCUUAACUUUUAUUUCGGUAAAACAAAAUUUUCAACAGCGCAGAGAUAACAAUAACCUAAUAAGCCUAAUAUCACGCAAGCCAUUUUUGCAUUUGAAUGCUGAAGGUGCCGCGCAGAUGUGCAAGAUCAGGAACAGGCCGCCUACCUUGUGUUGGUCAGUGCGCAAAGCUGUGCACAGUGCGCAGUUUGACUAGGCUACUGAUACUCCUAGGGUUGUUCGGCAUGCCAAUGCUUAGUUCGACACUGAAGGAGAGGACGCGUCAGUUGUCACAAACUGAGGUGUUUUCGGAAGGUAGAAAGAAAGUAAUAUGAGCAACAUUUUCAUCGGUUUGGGGUCCGAUGAAGUCCUAUCUUAAACAUUUGAAACGGGGACUGAUGGGUAUCGGGGAAUCGUUACAUCCCUAGUAGCAAUAGCACUCUACUUUACUGUAAGACAAAUUACAUGGUAACGUUGUUACCCAAUGUUAUUACCCUUUUAAUUACUAUUCAGUCUGUUGGGGAUUAAUAUAAAUAAAAUAAUUUGUGAAUACUUCUAAUUUGAAUCACUGUUUCUCUGGGUAACGUUUAGAGUUUUCCCUGCCUGCCCCAGUGCCUGACUGGGCUGCUAUUCCUUUUUAGUGCAGUAUUUUCAUUCUUCCUUUUAUACCUCCUCUCUAGGGACCAGCCUCCUCUUAUUCCCUCUUUAUAAAGACCCCGGCCCAGGCUCCAGUACCAAUUUAAUAAUGUAGGACUGGGUUACAGAUUAGGAGAGAGAGGGGGAGAGGAUGGGAGCGAAAGAGGGAGAGCAACAGGUUGGGUGUGUGUGUGUGAGAGGGAGAGAGUGAUACUUAAUCACAGUGAGUGAGAAAGAGUGAGAGAUUGAGAGGGGUAGAGAGAGAUGUAUUUACUCGGCUUUCUUUCCUGUAAUGUUAGCUAGCUUGACCCACAUUCCGACACGAGAACAAUUUUUAUGCAUACUCUAACAAUUGCAUUUCAAUCAAUCACAUUUAUAUUUGAAGCCCUUUUUACAUCAGCAGUUGCCACAACGUGCUUAUAUAGAAACCCAGCCAAAAACUCCAGAGAGCAACCAAUGCAUGGUGGCUAGGAAAAAGAUUAGAUUUAACAAGUAACAUCUCUAAAUGAUCAUAGCUUUUAUCUGGAUUCACCUUGUCAUGGAAUUCGCUGAUCUCCUCUCCUCUGUUAUCCCAUUGGCUGAUCUCCUCUCCUCUGUUAUCCCAUUGGCUGAUUUCCUCUUCCUCUUCCUGUCAGCUACGAGGGCUUCUUCCUGUCGUGCUCUCUGACCCAUGGAGGGGCGGAGCUUUGUGCCCCCCAGCACACCAGCAAACAGCAGGUCAGCAAGUACCUGUUUCACCUGGUAGUCUGGGACCAGAGGUAUGUACCCAAUCACAACAGACCUUAGACACCUCAACCAACCUCACAGAGAUGUUCACCAAUCAGAGUCUAUGUAUCCUAAUAUUACUUGAUGCUUAUCAUUUAAAAGUAAUAUAGGUAUUUGCUAUCCAAACAACCACUUCUAAUAACAUGUACUCAUAACAUACACAACGUACACGUAGGCUUCCUAAAGCAUGUUAGUGUUCAAUCCAUCCCACUCUAGUACCAGGUGUUCUGUUUGUCCACCUACUUUCCCCUAUAUGUGUGUAAUGGAAAGAGCUGUUAGUUGUGCGUGUGGGUGUGUUUACAGUGAGGGAAAGAAGUAUUUGAUCCCCUGCUGAUUUUGUACGUUUGCCCACUGACAAAGACAUGAUCAGUCUAUAAUUUUAAUGGUAGGUUUAUUAGAACAGUGAGUGACAGAAUAACAACAACAAAAUCCAGAAAAACGCAUGUAAAAAAUGUUAUAAAUUGAUUUGGGGGUGUUUUUCUGCUAAGGGGACAGGACAACUUCACCGCAUCAAAGGGACGAUGGACGGGGCCAUGUACCGUCAAAUCUUGGGUGAGAACCUCCUUCCCUCAGCCAAGGCAUUGAAAAUGGGUCGUGGAUGGGUAUUCCAGCAUGACAAUGACCCCAAACACACGGCCAAGGCAACAAAGGAGUGGCUCAAGAAGAAGCACAUUAAGGUCCUGGAGUGGCCUAGCCAGUCUCCAGACCUUAAUCCCAUAGAAAAUCUGUGGAGGGAGCUGAAGGUUCGAGUUGCCAAACGUCAGGCUCGAAACCUUAAUGACUUGGAGAAGAUCUGCAAAGAAGAGUGGGACAAAAUCCCUCCUGAGAUGUGUGCAAACCUGGUGGCCAACUACAAGAAACGUCUGACCUCUGUGAUUGCCAACAAGGGUUUUGCCACCAAGUACUAAGUCAUGUUUUGCAGAGGGGUCAAAUACUUAUUUCCCUCAUUAAAAUGCAAAUCAAUUGAUAACAUUUUUGACAUGUGUUUUUCUGGAUUUUCUUGUUGUUAUUCUGUUUCUCACUGUUCAAAUAAACCUACCAAUAAAAUUGUAGACUGAUCAUGUCUUUGUCAGUGGGCAAACGUACAAAAUCAGCAGGGGAUCAAAUACUUUUUUCCCUCACUGUAUGUGUGAGUGCACAUGUGUGUACUUAUUGAAGCAGAUGGAAAGUGUUUACAGUGGGUUGUAACUAGUCUCCUUGGCUACGUAUGCAGCAUCCAGUAUCGAUUUUCUGAUCUCUGUACCUCCUGUCCUUGAUGCGUUGUCCCUGGGGUUAUUUUAAAGACACUAUUGUUGCAAUAAUAUUUUUGCCUCUAUUGUAAUAAUAUUUGUAGUCCUCCGGUAUCUGGGUGGAUUUAUAAAGCGUUGUAGAGAAACAUGUUUUUAUCAACCCUUGUAGGCAUAAUGGUUCCUUCAGAUGUGACAGCAGUGCAAAACCUUGACCCUAAAACACCACUUCCCGAGAAGACUGCAUUGACAGUGUCCAGCUUGUUGGAGCUUCUUGAGAUGGCAUAAACACAAAUAGACCUGGCACAAAUACCAAAUAGGACAUGUUUCAUUCUGGCUGGAGUACUUUGGAGUUUGGACAGGGAGUGUAGCGGGCUACAGCCUUGUAAGGUAGCCUUCCUCAAACUGCUCUUGGUUUGUUGGUCGUGUAAGUCUUGAAAGUAAAUUGUUUGUCUUUUUGGCUGGACGACUCAUCUUAAUGUCCUACUCCAGUCUCCUUUUCACCUCAUUUAUCACCUGAUUUACUUAACAAAAGGCACAUCUCAGUAGGUGGUCCAGGUGUCCUCAUGACAUGGCACAAGUGGGGGGGGUGAGCCUUUCCUCUUUUGUUCUCUAUUGCUCCUCAAGCAUCUAUUACGGGAUUCCCGUUCUUAGUGUACAACAUGGCCCCGUAACUGAACAUGUUGUCUUAGUUAGCGAAACAUGCUAGCAGAUCCACCAGUGGGGUUUAGCUCAGAACCAAUGGUGUGUGUUCAUCACACGACUAUUUUUAGUUAGCUCAAUGCUAGCUCCUUUCAUGCUAACAAGUCUUUGAAGUUUUAGGAUUCCAACAGAGUUCUUAAUGUGUUCUUCUCUUUCAUGUAGGAGAUAUGUUGAAAGCACACAGGUCCCAUGUGGAUGACAGAGGGCUAAAUAUAAUGGAGGGCCCGUUUACUAGCCCUAUAACGUUACUCUGCUGUUCACUAACAGUUACAGUGAGGGAUCGUUUACUAGCUCUAUAACAUUACUCUGCUGUUCACUAAUAGUUACAGUGAGGGAUCGUUUACUAGCUCUAUAACAUUACUCUGCUGUUCACUAAUAGUUACAGUGAGGGAUCGUUUACUAGCUCUAUAACAUUACUCUGCUGUUCACUAAUAGUUACAGUGAGGGAUCGUUUACUAGCUCUAUAACAUUACUCUGCUGUUCACUAAUAGUUACAGUGAGGGAUCGUUUACUAGCUCUAUAACAUUACUCUGCUGUUCACUAAUAGUUACAGUGAGGGAUUGUUUACUAGCUCUAUAACGUUACUCUGCUGUUCAGUUACAGUGCCACUCCCAGACAACUCUCUUCUAGGGAAAUUAGUAUUUACUUUAUAUUAUAGCUACUGCAUUUCACAAGGAUUCAACUACAACUGAAUCGAUCUCUCCCGCUCUCUCAACCCCCCACUCUCUUUCCUUCUCUAUUCCUCUCUUCCCCUUCAAUCCUUCUCUAUAUCCUCCUCCUCUCUCAUUGCAUUUCUCUCUUUUCUCCCUCCCUCCCUCUCCCCCCCAGGGUGUGUUUCCCAGUGCAGAUCAACCAGUUGCCAAGGGAGACCCAGAUGCAAGUGACUCUGUAUGCCAGUGCUCUGCCACCACCUGGAGGAGCGGAAGAGAAGGGUAGUAAGCAGCGCCGCAGCAUCGAAUCCCUGGGCUGGGUCACCAUGCCCCUCUUCAACUUCAGACAGUGAGUAGUGGUCCACAGGAGGGUGGGUGGGUGUGUGAGUCAGUCUGAGAUUAUGACCGUCACCCUCUCCCCCAGCAUCCUGACGUGUGGGAGGAAGCUACUGGGUCUGUGGCCUUCCACCCCAGGAAGUAACGCUCACUCCAGCUCCCCCAACUUCAGCCAGCCUGACAGCGUCAUCCUGCAGGUAACUGACCUAGUCACACACACACACACACACACACACACUUUUUCUCCUCCUCUUCCUUCCUCUCUUUCUCUUAUGUCACUCAAUUUCUUUUUCAAGGUGUAGUUCCCUAUUACCUAUUGUCCUCCUUUUUCACUCCCUCUCUUUUUCCCUCCUUUACAGCUUUCCUUUCCUCUCCGCCCUCCCUCUUCCUCACUCUCUCCCCCCUCUUUCCUCUCCGCCCUCCCUCUUCCUCACUCUCUCCCCCCUCUUUCCUCUCCGCCCUCCCUCUUCCUCACUCUCUCCCCCCUCUUUCCUCUCCGCCCUCCCUCUUCCUCACUCUCUCCCCCCUCUUUCCUCUCCAGACUGGCCUGUUUCAAUAAAACAUAUACUGUUGCUCCUGGUCAAAAGAACAGCCUCGAAAAGGCUUACACACACACUACAGGUACAGUAGGUUUUCUGCCUGAGUGUGUAACAUGAAAGUUUGAUGUCUUUUGGCCCGUUUUAGAGCUGUGGCGCAGAUAUGGGGUUUGGAGUUCUAAAGUGCUCUAUCUGUCUCUACCGGCUCAAUGACCAGAAUAUUCCCCACACAUGUUAAAGCAUAGGCAGAGGGACUCACACGCACAUUGGUAGUCAUGCAUGUAGUGCUCACACACACACACACACACACACACUACAACUGCUGCCUGCAGAAGGGACCUGAAAGUAGGUCAGAUGGAUCUUUUCUGGCCAAAGAACAUACCUGGGAUGUUAGACUGCCCUGCUGUAUACCUUCUGACACACACAUCCUCCUUGCCCUCACUCUCACUCUCACAUUCUCUUACACUCACUUCUCUCGCUCGCUCGCUCACUCACACACGCACACGCAGUGUUUCUUCUCAGCAGUAUUGUAGUGUAAACCCAUUCCCUCCUGCAGUGCCAGCCCAGUGUGUGGCAGUGCCAACUGGCCCGUGGCGCUGUUUCCCAGUGGCUCUUUGUCUCAGUGCAGUGCCCUGCGUUAAAAUGGGAUCUCUGUGUGUGCUCUAUUGCAAUCAGUCUCCUUAUUAACGUGGGGACAUCAUUUGAGGCUUCAUACAUCAUCACUGAUGGCAGAACAUAUGCUUACACACACACACACACUCCCCCCACAUCGUAUAAGAAACAUCUGGGGCCUGCCAUACAUCUGUCACUCAUUAACCCGAAUGUAACCCCCUCACACACACACACACAUUUCAAUGCCAAAACAAAUUUACUGGAUGAUACAUAAGAAUUGAUUCUCUAUCUGACCUAAUUUUGGUUACAUUCCUCUCCGUCUGUCUUCUUCCUAAAAGCUUUCCCUCAGUGGCCUGCCAUGACUUUACAUUUCUUAUCUCUUGGCUUUUCAUGUUUGUUUUUUCCUCCUACUUUCCUUGUUAAUUCCUCACUUCAUUCUGUUCCUCUCCUCUCACCCAAUCCCACCUUCCAUUUCUCCAUACAUCCGUUACCUUGUCCAUCUGCUCUGUAACAGUCAGUAUUUUUACUCUCCAUACUCAAUGAGUGUGUAUUACGUGUAUGUAUAUCUGUGAGAGUAACAAUGAUAUAAAUCAAACCAUAUCGUUAUUGAAGUAUAUUUCCCUCAUCACAACACGUCAUCUUGGUGUUGUUGUUAGUGUGAUCUCUGACCUCUAACCUCUGGCCUCUUUCUCUAGGUGGACUUCCCCACGUCGUCGUUUGAGGUACUCUUCAGUACCCCCCCUCCUGCAGAGUUCAGUCCCCAGUAUGACUUCUCCAGACUGGACCAGCACAGCCAGAGACAACUACAGGACGUUCUGCACAAGAAGUCACUCUUCUGGUGAGACUAUUAUUCUGUCUGGCGGUCCGUCUAGCCGUCUGUGUCUGUCUGGCUGUCUGGCUGGCUGGCUGUCUGGCUGGCCGUCUGUCCGUCAGUCUCACUCUUUCUCUAUCACGCUACCUUUCUACUCCCUCUCCAUGGGAUGACAGAACAGCCCUGUCAGACUAACAUACAUUCAUUCAUUCACUACAUCAUUAUAACGUCGCUGUUACACUGCAUUAGAGUAGUGAGAGUUGUUAUGUACUGUAUAUGCCUGUGCUAGUGUGCAAACCCAGCAGUGUAGCGUUCAGCUGUAUAAGUUAUUAAAGAGUGUUAAUGGGUUCGUAGUGGAGAGAACAGGAAGAGAGACAGGAGAUAUAAGGGCAGUGUGGUGCUCUGGGGAUGGUAUUGGGAGGGGUGGAGAGGAGAGGGGGAUUGGUGAAAGAGAGGAGUGGGUUUUAGUUGAUGAUGUCAUAGCAGCAGCUGGUGGCGAAUCCGCCCCAGAUUAUAUUAUACCCCCAUCCUCUAUCAUCUCCCCAUCCCCCUCUCCUCUCCUCUUUUGUCCCCUGUAUGUGUGUGUGUGGUGUAUGGUGUGUGUGUGUGUGUGUGUGUGUGUGUGUGUGUGUUGAGCUAUUGUGUGGGUGGGUGUUUUUGGUUUUACUAUCCUUGUGGGUACCAGAAGUCCUCACAAGGAUAGUAAAACAAGGAAAAUCCAGACAAGUGGGGACAUUUCGCCAGUCCCCACAAAGAAAAAGGCUAUUUUAGGGUUACAAUUAGAGUUAGGAGUUAAGUUUAAGUUAGGGGUUUGGGGUUAAGGUUAGGGUUACUGUGUGGGUUUAGGGUUAGGAGUUAGGAAAUAGGAUUUUGAAUGGGAAUCAAUUGUUUGGUCCCCAUAGUGUAGUGUUUAGUCCAUUAGUCGUUGUCAUAGUUUAUGAUCUUUCUCGUGUAUUGUGAGAGAGAAACACAGUUCUGUUUAUAUCUUGGACCAGAGUGUGUUUUGAUGUUUACUUCCAAGCAGGAUUCUGUAAAUGAGGCUUUGGAGCAUGCCUUUGAAAGCUAGAAGGAAGGGGAAUGUGCUGUGUGUGUUUUUUAAUGUUUGUUCAAUGUAUACUUUGAGCCUUUCCCCCACUCUCUUGACCUGUAAAUAACCAGGAAUGUCUCAAUGUCAACCUAUGAGGCUUUUGACUAGAAUGUGCACGAGGGCUGGGCGAUAUGGCCAAAAUAUAAUAUCACGGUAUUUUUUAAAUUUAUGAUGGUAUUUAAUGUUUUUGAAUAAUAAAAGUUCAACAUUUGCUUUAUGAGUGGUGCGUGACCCUAGGGUGGCAACACAUAAAUAUUAAGUGAUGUUGAUGGGUCUUUCUCCAUUCUGAUUGUUUUAUACUGUUCAAUUAAACUUCAACCAACAUUUUCUGCAUUUUCAUCAAUAUCUGCAUUUCCUGCACUAAUUUAAGAUCAUAUCCACACUGCCACAUAGGGCUGCGCGAUAUGGGCAAAAAGUCUAGGACUUAUUAUUUUACCAAAUGUUGCAGUUUAGCCACAACUUGCUUAGAAAAGACAAACUAACUGUUUGCAGAUGUAAGAAACACAAACUAAUAGUGUAAUUAUAGAACGCUUGUGGAUUUACAUUAAUAAGAAGCAAAGUGGAAACAGCAUCGUUGUCAUCAAUAUUGCUGCAUUGACCAUGCAGACUGAACGCAAGUGUCUCGUGGUCAAUCAACAACAAAUGCGCUCCUUGAGUGACAGGGGGCGGGACUAGGGCUGUGUGGAAAGCAUCAUUUAGAGCAGGGGUGUCAAACGUCCGGCCCGCGGGCCGGAUCAGGCCCGCAAACGGGUUUAAUCCGGCCCGCGAGAUGAUUAAAAAAAAAUAAUAAUAAUAAUAAUAAAAAUUUAUAAUAAUUUUGUAAAGUAAAAAAAUGCGCUGCAAUUUUUCAAGAAAAUAAACUGCUGUUCCAAUUGCGUCCACUGGAUGGCGCAAUAGCAAUUGUGUUAAGCAAGCAAACUGUUUAUACCGGGGCAGAGCAAGUAGGUCAAGCAAAGCACUUUGUUUUGCCCGCGAUAUUUAUUACGGCUUCUACUUUUAACAUUAUGUGCUUUGGCACCCUCAUUGCCCCAAUAUGUCUCUGUCAAAAAAGAGAAAAGUGGACGCAGAGUGUUCCAAGAAAAAUGGUCAUCCUAUUUAUGCUGAAAGAAUAUUACCUUCGUCGCCACUAUGUGAGUCUUCAUGCCGACAAAUAUGACAACUUUCAAGGACAGCGGAGAUGAGAGAAGGUGAAUGUACUGUUGGCGGGUCUGAAGAAACAGCAGUCUGUGUUUACUCACAGCCGAGACAUCAGUGAAAGCAGUGAAAGCUAGCUACCUCAUUGCUAAUGAAAUCGCAGUGGCUUCAAAACCAUUUAGUGAGGGUGAAUUUGUAAAAACAUGCAUGAUGAAGGCAGCGGAGAUUGUGUGCCCUGAAAAGCGGCAGGCUUUUGCAAAUAUCAGCCUGACAAGAAACACAGUGGCAGACAGGAUUUCCGAUCUUUCAGUGGAUUUGGACAGCCAGUUGAAGCAAAAAGUAAAGUCAUUUAUUGCGUUUUCGGUUGCAAUUGAUGAAAGCACGGACAUUACAGAUGUUGCACAACUGGCCAUUUUCAUCCGCGGAGUUGAUGACACAUUGACCGUCACCGAGGAGUUCGUGGAGUUGGUGCCGAUGACAGAUACAACGACAGCAGCUGAUAUUUUUACCGCACUCGUCGGCGCGCUGGACAGGGUCGGAGUGGACUGGUCCCGCGCUGUCAGCCUGGCUACAGAUGGUGCGCCCUCAAUGAUCGGGAAAAAAGCAGGCGUUGUGACAAAGUUCAGAGAGAAAGUGCAAUCUGCAAAUGGAGGACGUGAUUUUUUGACUUUUCACUGUAUUUUGCACCAGGAGGCUUUGUGUUGCAAGUCAUUAAAGAUGGAUAACGUCAUGAAGGUGGUCAUCCAAACUGUUAAUUUCAUCCGAUCCAGAAGCCUGAAUCACCGUCAGUUUGACAGCCUUCUCAGAGAGAAAGACCACAUCUAUGGCCUGCCAUACCACACUGAGGUAAGAUGGUUAAGCCGAGGUGCUGUGCUGAGGCGUUUCUUUGAUUUACGAGAAGAAAUUGAACAGUUCAUGGAAGAAAAGGGCAAACCAGUGUUAGAAUUUCAUUCCGCAGAAUGGAUGCAGGACCUUGCAUUUAUGGUGGAUGUUACAGAGCACCUGAAUAACUUGAACAAACAGCUGCAAGGGCGCAACAAAGUUGUCACGCAGUAUUAUGACAGCAUACGUUCUUUCAAGUUGAAGCUGUCAUUGUGGGAGACGCAACUUGCCGGUGGUGAUGCAGCUCACUUCCCCUGUCUGAAAAAUGUGUGCGCGACCCAACAUGUGGCAGACAUGAAGCGGUUCAAAGAUAAAAUAACGGGACUGUUACGGGAGUUUGAGCAACGCUUUCAGAUUUAUGUUUAUAUGUUUUUAUGUUGAUGUGCUAUUGUUUUUAAUUGAUUUUAUUUUAUUUGUAUAUUUAACCUAUUCUUGACUCUGUGGUUCUUGCACUUGUUUGGGGAACAGUAUUUCAUUAUUUUAUCUACAUUUCUGCCUGAGAAAUGACACCCUGAUAUAGUUCUGUGAUCUGUGAUAUACUUCUGUGAAUCACUGAGGCAUUGUGUGUUUGUGUGUUCUUUGUCCUCAGAACUUUCAAAUAACUUGAGGUGUUUUAUGAUUAAUAGUGAUGUUGUGCUUUUGGACACUGUCCUCAGGCUCCAGCUUUAUGUUUAUAUGUUUUUAUGUUGAUGUGCUAUUGUUUUUAAUUUAUUUUAUUUGUAUAUUUAACCUAUUCUUGACUCUGUGGUUCUUGCACUUGUUUGGGGAACAGGAUUUCAUUAUUUUUAUCUACAUUUCUGCCUGAGAAAUGACACCCUGAUAUAGUUCUGUGAUCUGUGAUAUACUUCUGUGAAUCACUGAGGCAUUGUGUGUUUGUGUGUUCUUUGUCCUCAGAACUUUCAAAUAACUUGAGGUGUUUUAUGAUUAAUAGUGAUGUUGUGCUUUUGGACACUGUCCUCAGGCUCCAGCUUUAUGUUUAUAUGUUUUUAUGUUGAUGUGCUAUUGUUUUUAAUUGAUUUUAUUUUAUUUGUAUAUUUAACCUAUUCUUGACUCUGUGGUUCUUGCACUUGUUUGGGGAACAGGAUUUCAUUAUUUUUAUCUACAUUUCUGCCUGAGAAAUGACACCCUGAUAUAGUUCUGUGAUCUGUGAAACAGUUCUGUUAAUCACUGAGGCAUUGUGUGUUUGUGUGUUCUUUUUCUUUAGAAUUUUCAAAUAAACUUGACGUGUUUUAUGAUUAAUAGUGAUGUUGUGCUUGUACUAUUCUGGACACACUGUCCUCAGGCUCCAGCUUUAUGUUGUAUGUUGAUCGUAUUAAAACAAAGAAAACAAUCUGAAGUUGUUGUUUUUAAGUUAUAUAUACCAUGAUUUUUCCGGUCCGGCCCACUUGGGAAUAGAUUUUCCUCCAUGUAUCACAUUUAACGGCGUAUCACAUUUAACAAAUGAAACAUUCAAAUACCGUUAUAGAAGGCAAAGUAAAAACCCAAACUGGUCUGUGCAUCAAUACCGGUAUAGAGUAAAAUAUGGUAUAUCGCCCAGCCCUAAUGUGCACACAUUCAAAUCUUCAACAAAUGAUGAUUAAUGGUCAGGAUCAAUUUAAUAUUACAUGAAAAACACUAGAGUUAUCAGUGUUGAUGAAUAAUGAUUUAAAGCCAAUUCUCUUAAGGCACAGUCUUUCCACACAACUGUACAGGCUUCGGUGCCAUCCAAUAUCAGGCUCCAUGCAGGAAGUAGAUCAGCUGAGCUCAUCCAAUAGCAACAACUGUUGUCCAGCUGGAUCAUCCAAUCCCAACAAUGACACAGUAUAUUCAGCCAAUGGAAACAACCGUACCAAGGAGAACCCUUCCAAUAGUAACAAAAAUUAUUUUCCCAGCCCUCUGCUCUGCUAGAGCGGAUAGAGAACAAAAACCUGUGUCUGUUGAUUUAGGCAGCGAUUCAAACAUACACAUAUGAACCUGUGUGUGAUGAGUAUGAAUGUACUGUUUAUUCUCCCUUCUCCCAGUCACUCUCUCUCUAUUUUUCUUCCUCAUUAUCUGUCUCGCCUUUACUCCCUCUUUCUCCGUCUGUCUCUCCCUCUCCCUUACACACCAUUUCCAAAAAUUGUCUUAUUUUUUUUAAAUCUUUGCCUGUUUCAAAUUUAACGAUUGUUCUUUAUUGGCGUAACCACGUUAGAGUGAGUAUUGCCAAAGCAAGGAGAAACAGAGCAAUGUUAUCGUGACAGAACAAAGAGAGCAUUGAUACGUGUUGGCCACAUUUAUACCAUGGCUAUCUAUCUCUUAAUCUCUCGUGGACAUAUGAAACGACGAGAAUCUGUCAAGGCCCACGUAGAAUGUGAUUACGAGCAGCAGUAGUUCCUGCUUUUUUGGUUUUCGUAGUUGAUAAUUUGGACGAAUCAGGAUUUUUAGAAGGCGGUGCUUAAAUUGGUGCGGUGAUUUUCAAGGCCGUGUGCGGAUGAUAAACGCUUUCCACAGCCACAAAGUCAAAAUGGGUUGUAUCGUAAAAAUUCAUGAAAACUCAAACUUUGGCCUUGAUAAACACGGGUGAAAUUAGCUGAACGGAGGGGUUUGGCCGAUAGUUUCCGUUUUACGUGAGAGGAAACUUGGCUUCCUUUCUUCGCACAAAGGUAUUCACAAUUGUUAACGGCAUUCCACCAGAAGUAAAACAGGAAAUUACAAACUUUCACGAGAUAGAUAGUUUUACUUCUGGGUAAGCAAGAUUAUCUCUUUAUUACAGUGGAGAGAGGCCAUCUAAUGCUUCUGAGAGUAACACCAAAAAAUACAGUAUUUCCCCCUUUUCUUUUCCAAAGGGAUGGGGUUCUAAGUAUGCAUUAUUUCACUCUCUUUCCCCGUCUCCACCGUUUACUCUCUUUACCCCUCCCUUCUAUCCAUAACACCCUCUCUUUGCCCCACUCUCAAGCAAAAUAUGAAUGUCAUUUAAUAAGGUAGCUUAUAUUUAUCCUCUCUCUCUCUCCCCUCCCUCUGUCCAGGUUGACUCCAGAGGACAAGCGUCUGUUGUGGGAGAAGCGUUCAUUCUGCCAGUCAGAGAGUGGUGCCCUGCCCCUGGUGCUAGCUAGUGCCCCCUGCUGGGAGUGGGCAUGUCUGUCAGACAUCUAUGCCCUACUCCGCCAGUGGGCAUGUCUCAACCACCACGACGCACUGGGCCUGCUGCAUGCCUCGUAAGUGGACUGUGUGUGCGUGUGGUUACCAGGCAAUGGUUUCUGGGGCAGCACUCGCCAGGGAAACAGUCACCGGGCAACUGUCGCCAGAAGACCUGUGGUCACCAUUCAACCUUGUCAUGAUGUGUUAGGACUGGAGGUGUUAGUGUGGACCACAGCCAUGCUGGCAGUUUGGGGUCAUGGUCAGAGAUGGGAGUGGACCUGACAGGCUUAGAAUCCUGUUCUGGAACAUAAAUACCAUGAGUUCACCUCAGCAGGGCAACAUGCAUGGCAUCACAUGCAUCAACCGCUUUGAAGAAUGACAGUUCAAUGAUUAAUGAGGUCCAAGCAUUUGUUUGAUCUCUCAAAUAUUUCUUUAUUUUGGAUUGAAACAAUGUAGUAAUUGAAUACGAAAUGUAUUUAAUGUGUAUUAGGUUCCCUGAUCAGGAGCUGAGGCAUACUGCAGUACAGUGGAUGGACUCCAUCUCUGACCCUGAGCUGCUGGACUUCCUACCACAGCUGGUGCAGGUAACACCGUACCAAUGCCUUAUGAGCGCACCUUACCAAUUCAUUAUGAAUACCAUACAAACACCUUAUUAGAGGGCUAUGUGGAGCAACUAACCAACUCUCUUAAUCUGUGUCCCCCUCUGGCUCGCAGGCUCUUAAAUAUGAGUGUUACCUGGACAGUCCGUUGGUGCGUUUCCUGCUACGGAGAGCCAUAGGGGACAUGCGCAUUGCACACUAUCUCUUCUGGUGAGACUUACACACAUCAGCUCAUGCAUGAAGACGCACUCAGCCUUCCUUUUGUCUUCAUACACAACCUGAUGUAGGCUCACAUAGAUACACACAGACACACACCGCCUCUUAUUUCAACAUAGACAUGAGUCAAUUCAUCACUCACAUUCGCUCACAGAAACACCCAUUAACAAAGUAAAGCACUGCAUGCCAUACAUGACAAUGCUGUAAUGUAGGACAAUGUCAUUGAUGCAUUGUCUUCACUAGGGCAAACAUGUUCACAUGUCUCCACCUGCUGGACAGAUUGGGAAAUGCCAAAACAAACUCACUGGAUGAUGCAUAAGAAUUUAUUCUUAAAAAUGAGUUAACACAAUUACAUCAGGGCCCAUAUUCAUAAGAAGUAGGAGUGCUGAUCUAGGAUCAGGUCCCCCCUCUUAAUCAUUAUGAUUUGAAAGGCUAAACUGAUGCUAGAGGAGCACUCGGAGAUGCUUCAUGAAUACGGGCCCUGAACACAAAGUACACAUGUUUUAAAUAGUGGACCACAUGAACAAUAGUCAGAUAUUGUUGUGAAACCUCUCUCCUCCCCCUUCUUCCCUCCUCUCCUCCCCCUUCCCUCUCUUUCCCAGGUUGUUGAAGGACACCCUGCAGGACAGUCAGUUCAGUGGGAGGUACCAGCACCUGUUAGCAGGCCUGCUGUGCUGUGUGGGUAGGGGUCUCAGAGAGGAGUUUGACAGACAGUGCUGGCUGGUCACCAUCCUGGCUAAAGUAGCCCAACGUGUCCGGGACACCUCUCCCUCCAGCAGACAGGCUAUCCUUCGAGAGGGCCUAGAGGAGGUCAAGCAGUUCUUCUCAGGCAGUAGCAGCUGCCGUCUCCCCCUCAACCCUGGCAUGCUGGUCAAAGCCAUCAACAUACAGGUACGUGUUUGUGUUAGUGUGUGUGUGUGUGUGUGUGUGUGUUUGCUCCUGUGUGUGUGUGUGUGUGAUCUCUAAUCCUCUCUCUCCUCUCCUGUCUGCAGUUGUGUUCCUACUUCAACUCCAACGCCGUGCCCCUCAAAUUGUCCUUCCAGAACCUGGACCCUCGGGGAGACAACAUCAAUGUCAUCUUCAAGGUAAACAUUUCAAACUCCACUGAAUCAGAGAGCCACUUAAGACUGCUGAGAUGCAGCACCUGUUGUGCACAUUUACAUUUACUGAAUCAACAAACCACUUAAAUGUACCUUUCUGAACCCGUGUUGACCUUCGACCUCUGUGACCGCUGUGUCUUGUGCCCUCUGACCGCUGCUCUCAAGUCAGGUGACGACCUGCGCCAGGACAUGCUGACCCUGCAGAUCAUCCGCAUCAUGAACAAGAUCUGGAUCCAGGAGGGGCUGGACAUGAGGAUGGUGAUCUUCAGAUGCUUUUCUACGGGAAGAGGCAGAGGUAAGGAGGAAGCGAGAGUGAGAGAGUGAGAGAGAGAAGGUGGGAGAGAGGUUCCUGUUUUGAUUAAUUUAAUGGCGUGGGUUAGGUCUGCUCUAUACCAAAUUAGCAUACCCCCUGAGUCUUUUCCCUGUUUUACUUCUGGUAGUUUGGUGGAUGGGACUACCAGCUCUCUUUAACCUAGAGGGCAACCAGUGGGUCCAUCUCCUCUUUACCAUGUUUCUUGUAGGAUGACAAUGUCUGUAGGAUGACAAUGUGUGUAUUUCUGAUUUCUUUGGUGAAGUCCAGGUUCCUGCUCUUUAGGGCAAAGGCAGAUGACCUCAGGCCUUGGAUAUUCCAGGAUGAGCUAGUGAAGGCUUUGUGUUCCAUAAAGUGUCCAAUGUUUUUAUUUGUGUGGUUUAGCCUCAGACCAGUAAGUGUGAGCAGAGCCUACUGAGCAUCUGAUACAUUCCAUUGGCUUGGGCUAGUGUAAGAGUGGGGGUUGGGCCUGUUUGCCUGCUCACAGCCUGGGCGUAUGUGUGACUUUCAUGUUGAGGCCCUCUUUGCGGGAUGUCCUUUAGGGUCCUGGCGAAGGUGGGCACUGCUGCCUCGUAUAGGUGGACCUGGUCAUAAAGGCUGUUCAAGUCCAGGGUGGAGUAGUGGGCCAGGUAUACAUUUGGUUUUGAGGCAUGGCCAUGGGAAAUACUUCCGUUUACCCACUGUAUGGUAGCAUGGUGGAAGUAUUUUCGUGGUAGCAGGGUGGAGAUAACCACUUGUGCGUUGGGGAAAGUAGAAUAAACUUUUUCAAUCACUGCCUUGAGUGCUGUGGCCUCCCUUUCCUGCUGUGCUCUCAGGUCAUUUUUGCCUGUGUGUAUUAUUAUGUGGCUGAUUGACCUGAGUUGGUGCUCAGAAAAAGAUCUAUGGCGUGCUGGGUGUUUGGACACCAGAGUUUAGACACCGUGUGUUUGGGAAAAGGUUUAUUUUCUUGUAUAUAUUUCCCGUUUGAGUCCAUAAGGAGUACAAUCUGUGGCUUGUGUGUGUCCUCUGUGGGUGUGGGGGGGUUGUCAGGAGGGCUGACAGGGGGUUGCUAGGAGGGGGUAGGGUCCCCUGGGCUUGGGGUUCUUCAUUUAUCUGUCCUACUGUGAUGUCGAGGCUAUUGUCAAGGUCUGGGGUGGACUGUUCUGCUGUGGUGUCUGCUGGCUUUUCAGCAGGGGUGGCCAGCUCUCUCAUGGGUUGUUCUCUAUCACACCUCAUCUUUCUAACCUUCUCCUCUAUUGCUCACAUCUUCUCCUGUUGCUGGGCCUCCUCCUUCCGCUCCUGCUCUUUCUCCUGUUGAAGUUGUCUCGCCACAGUCCAGAGUGAAGAAAUGUCUCUACCCCUCCACCUCUCCGGGUCUGGUUGAGGGGGUGUUGUUGUGCUGGACUGUUGUCUGGGUCUGUGCUGACUGGAGUGUGUUCACCUGCUGUUCCAGCUCCUCCAGCUGGGUGAAUGUAUUCUUAAUUUCAGUGAGGGAGUAGUACUCUGUGUUGGGGAGGUUGACUUUUCGCUUGGGGUUGCUCGUCUGUGGGGUUGUUUUAAGGAAGAGGUCUGGACUGACUUGCUCGGAGUGGGGGAGUCUUUCUCAAGAGAGAGCUUCUCCUGCUGCGCUCCCUCUUUGAUUCCGUGGAAGUCCAGCUGAAACUGUUUGGGGUUGCCCUGUACAAAUACUGUUCCAGACUUGUACAGGUUGACAUUGGUUGACUCAGUCCUCGUUGUCUAGUAUCCUGAGUUUCCACCCAUCGCUAACACCCCCUCUUGACAGAGGGGUAGCACUGUGCUUUGCCAGAGGAUGGUCUGUGUGGAAGAUGAAGUUGCUUACAUUCCCAUUUUUGUAGCAGUCAGCAAAAAGUGUCUGGAUUGUCCAUGAUGAGCUUCUUUUUGUACUCUUUGUGUCCCACAUUUUUUACAUCCAAUGGGUACUGUAUUGUGAUGACCUCUGCACAGGUGGAAGCCAUGGAGCAACGGGCCUCAAAGCCCUCUGUAUUUGGGUGGGGGAGGCUGUGAAACUCUUCUGCCAUUGUUGUGCUCAAGGGCUUUGACACCUCUCACUUCACACCUCAGUGCUAAUUGAAAUUGCAGCCGGAUCUGUUCUGUCCUAGCAAGCUUGGUAGCCUUAACUUAGCAUUCAGUCCUUAUAAAGUAAAAUAGAUUAUUGUAAUACAUUUUUCUUUUGGCUUUAAAAGAAGCUUCAGACUAAACAUUAUUUUCAGGUUUCUGUUGUUCUUCUUUUGCUGGUCGUUAGUUUGCCAGAGCAUUUGCUGUAUAUCUUUGGUAGUAAGAAUCCUUCCAGGUAAUUUUGUCCAAAAUCAGGUUGUAGGUUUGGAGUUUUGAUUUGGAGUGAAGGUUAUGUUGUGGAGGGUAGUAUCCUAUAUAUGUUAUUCUGAAAAAAUCCAAGUUUAUCCAACUCUAAAUCUACAGUGAGGGAAAAAAAGUAUUUGAUCCCCUGCUGAUUUUGUACGUUUGCACACUGACAAAGAAAUGAUUAGUCUAUAAUUUUUAUGGUAGGUUUAUUUGAACAGUGAGAGACCGAAUAACAACAACAAAAUCCAGAAAAUUGCAAUGAUCAUGAGAACGGUGAGGAAUCAGCCCAGAACUACACAGGAGGAUCUUGUCAAUGAUCUCAAGGCAGCUGGGACCAUAGUCACCAAGAAAACAAUUGGUAACACACUACGCCGUGAAGGACUGAAAUCCUGCAGGGAAACAUUACACUCACAAAAGUUGUAAAAGAGUAUAGACAUUUCAAAUGUUCUAUUAUUGGCUGUGUACAGUGUUGUAAUGUGCAAGUAGUUGAAGUAUGAAAGGGGAAAUAAAUAAACAGAUAAAUAUAGGUUGUAUUUACAAUGUUUUUACUCCUCUGGUUGCCCUUUUCUCAUGGCAACGGGCCACAAAUCUUACUGAUGUGACUGCACACUGCGGUAGUUUAUCAAUGUUUGAUUUGUUUUCAAAUUAUUUGUGGGUGUGUGUGAUCUGUGGGAAAUACACUAUAUAGAAGAGUAUGUGGACACCCCUUCAAAUUAGUGGAUAUGGCUAUUUCAGCCACACCCAUUGCUGACAGGUGUAUAAAAUUGAGCACACAGCCAUGCAAUCUCCAUAGACAAACAUUGGCAGUAGAAUGGUUUUACUGAAGAGCUCAGUGACUUUCAACAUGGCAACGUCAUAGGAUGCCACCUUUCCAACAAGUCAGUUCGUCAAAUUUAGUUCCAGUGAAGGGAAAUCUUAACGCUAUAGCAUACAAUGACAUUUUAGGCGAUUCUGUGCAUCCAACUUUGUGGCAACAGUUUUGGGAAGGCCCUUUCCUGUUUCAGCAUGACAACGCCCCCAUGCACAAAGCGAGGUCUGUACAGAAAUAAUUUGUUGAUCGGUGUGGAAGAACUUGACUGGCCUGCACAGAGCCUUGACCUCAACCCCAUUGAACACCUUUAGGAUGAAUUGGAAAGCCGACUGUGAGCCAGGAUUAAUCGGCCAACAUCAGUGCCCGACCUCACUAAUGUUCUUGUGGCUGAAUGGAAGCAAGUCCCUGCAGCAAUGUUCCAACAUCUAGUGGAAAGCCUUCCCAGAAGAGUGGAGGGGAAACCAACUCCAUAUUAAUGCCCAUGAUUUUGGAAUGAGAUGUUUGACGAGCAGGUGUCCACAUACUUUUGGUCAUGUAGUCUCUCUCUCACUGACUCACACUCACAGGUAUGGUGGAGAUGAUUCCCCAGGCUGAGACUCUGAGGAAGAUCCAGGGGGAACAUGGAGUGACUGGUUCCUUUAAGGACCGCCCCCUUGCUGACUGGCUACAGAAACACAACCCCACAGAGGAUGAGUAUGAGAAGGUACAGUCAGACACAUGUGCACACAUGCACAAACUAUCACUCACUCACUCAAGCGCCCGCUCUCUCAACCUCACACAAACACUCUCUCAUUGUACACACUGUGACCUGUAACCUCUGACCCUGUGCUGUGUCAUGCUAGGCUGUGGAGAACUUCAUCUACUCGUGCGCAGGCUGCUGCGUGGCCACCUACAUCCUGGGUAUCUGUGACCGCCACAACGACAACAUCAUGCUGAAGACCAGCGGUCACAUGUUCCACAUCGACUUUGGCAAGUUUUUGGGACAUGCCCAGAUGUUUGGCAACAUCAAACGGUGAGCUCGGGAGGCAGAGAGGGCGCUGGGAAAUAUAUGCCCAACUUCAAUUUCAAAUCUAGCCGUAGUCGCUAUUGCUAGGACAGAGGAACGCAACUUUUACCACUGUGUCUUUGUUUUUUGCUUAGUGUUUUUCUGAUUGGCAGACAGACACAGAUGGUUCUGUUCCUACUGGUAGAGACCGAUGGCCCUGUGUUCUGAUUGGUAUUUAUCUGUGUGUGUUUGUGAUUGGCAGGGACCGUGCUCCGUUUGUGUUCACCUCUGACAUGGCCUAUGUCAUCAACGGCGGAGACAAACCUUCCAGUCGUUUCCAUGACUUUGUGGACCUGUGCUGUGAAGCCUACAACCUCAUCCGCAAACACGCACACCUUUUUCUCAACCUACUAGGACUGGUACGUAUACAUACACACACGUGUGCGUGCACGAACGCACACAUGCACACACACUGAUGUCUCCCUAUGUGACCUGUGUAGAUGUUGUCGUGUGGCAUCCCUGAGCUGUCAGACCUGGAUGAUCUGAAGUAUGUCUACGACGCCCUGAGACCUCACGAGUCUGAGGCUGAUGCCACCAUGUACUUCACCAGGUACACACCAUCACACACACACACACACACACACACAAACUGUAUAUUCUAUAUAGACUUACAGUAUAAUCCGUAUAGUCAUAGAGUAUGUUGUCUCUCUCUCUCUCUCUCUCUCUCUCUCUCUCUCUCUCUCUCUCUCUAUGUGUGUGUCUGUCUCUCGCUCUCGCUCUCUCUCUCUCUGUCUGUCUCUCGCUCUCUCUCUCUGUGUCUCUCUCUCUGUGUCUCUCUCUCUCUCUCUCUCUGUGUCUGUCUCUCUCUCUCUCUGUGUCUGUCUCUCUCUCUCUCUCCCUGUCUCUGUGUCUGUCUCUCUCUCUCUCUCUCUCUGUGUGUUGCUGUCUCUCGCUCUCGCUCUCUCUCUCUCUGUCUGUCUCUCGCUCUCUCUCUCUGUGUCUCUCUCUCUGUGUCUCUCUCUCUGUGUCCUCUCUCCUCUCUCUGUCUCUCUCUCUGUCUGUCUCUCUCUUCUGUCAUCGUCUCUUGUCUGUCUGUCUCUUCUCUCUCUCUCUGUGUCUGUCCUCUGUAUCUUUAUCUCGGUGCGUCUGAGUCUCUCUCUCGUACUCCUCUCCUCUCCUCUCUCUCAUCUCUCUCUCUCUCUUUCCUCUCUUUCUCUCUCUCUCUCUCUUUUUCUCUCUCUCUCUCUUUUUCUCUCUCUCUGUCCCUCUCUAGGUUGAUAGAGUCCAGUCUGGGCAGUGUUGCAACUAAGUUGAACUUCUUCAUCCAUAACUUGGCCCAGAUGAAGUUUGCCUCAUCCGAGGAGCAUCCUGUCCUCUCCUUUGCCCCUCGGGUUUACACCCUCAAGACUGACGGACUCAUCCUCAACCUCUUUGUCUGCCGACACAUACGAACUUACAGCUCAAGCAAAGGAUACGUAAGUCUACAGUCAUACACACCUACAGUCCUAGUAAAUUACACCUAUGUAAAUCUACAGUUACAUGUACACAUAGGCCCAGCAAGGGAUAUGUCCACUAUACUACAUACGCACAUACAGGCCCAGCAAAUUAUACAAGAAUUCCUAAGUCUACAGUCAUAUGUUAUACUACGUAUACACAUACAGCCCCAGAAAAUUAGUGCUAUGUAAGUCUACAGUUACCCACACACAUAUGCACCUACACUUUAGUAUAAGCCCAGCAACAAAUACAAAAGACAAACCGUCUCUCCCUAACCCUAGCCCACAGCCUCCGUAAAGGAUACAUCAUGUAAGGGUAGAGUCAUGUAAGAUCAAGUAUAUAGUGUGUCUCUCCCCAGGCAUUUGUGGUGAAAGUUGAGCGAGAGGGCCAGCAGGGGUCAGUGUUGGUCCAGAGGAGCUUUGAGGAGUUCUAUGAAUUACACAGUAAACUACGCCUCAUCUUCCCCUCAUCCAAACUACCCAGGUAACACACGCACGCACACACACUGAUCAUGUACAGAUCAUCACCCUUCUCUUGAAACAACAACAGUAACUAAAACUAGUAAUAGAGGAAUAGUAAUAUUAGUGAUAAUAAUUGGAGUCUAAAUAACUGUAGGAAGUGAUGUCACUGGUAUCUAUCUGUAACUAUCCACCUCAUUUUCGAACACUUUUAAAACACGGAAGCCAAACGCAGCAACUAUGGAUACAACUUACUCCGCGCUCGUGCAUUAUCAUAAUUCAUAUGCGCACCACUAGAAAUCCCUGCAUUAGCAUGUUUCUGUUAGCUGAGACAGUAUAUUACUGUCUUGCUAAUGUGUUUGGACCUUGUAAACUGCCGUGAAAACCCCCAUAAUUGAUCCAAAUGGUUUCCCAAUCAGGCAGGCUAGAUACAGUUAUUUUGAAAUGAACAUGCAUUAAAAAUGGCAGGCUUUUGAGCGGUUAUUCAAAUGACAGGCUAUUCACUGCAGUCUACAGCCUAGACUAGAGUUUUUUACUCACUUGAAAACAAUAAUAAAAUUCUUCAUGACAUUGUUGUUGUAGCCUAGGUAGGAUACAUUUCUUGUCCCUAAAAAACUGAAACAAUAGGGUAGGUUUUCCAGCCUGUCUGUCGUCAUUGUUCUGUUGCGCAAUUACGCACCUGGCCUUUUUCGCUGCCACAGGUAUUCCUUUUCAUUAUUGUGAAGUCCCAGGAUAAGCCAGACUACAAAAGCUUGUUGGACACCUAUUUCGCCUUCUUUUCUUUAGCCUACUAAUAGCCUAUUGGAGGAGCGACGCAUGCUUGCUCUUGCUUGCUGAAUGUAAAAUAGGCUACAGCAUUAAGAACAGGGAGUUGUAAAGGAGAAGCCCAUAUUUUACUAUAGUAGGCCUAUCUUCACACCGGGCUACAUCCUGACAAAAUAUAUCAUAUGAGUGGCCUGCUAAUGUACCUUUCUAAACCUUCUAUACUGUCGACAAUAGACCCAAACUGAUCCAAAUAGUUGCAUGAUCAGGCCUAGGCUGUUGGCCUAUGCAGUUAUUUCAGCAUGUGCGGUUAUUCAAAUUAGCCUACAUCACUUCAGUUUACGGCCUAUGGACAAUAAUUGUGUAUUCACUUGAUAACAAUAAUAAAUUCCUCAUUGCACUGUUGUUGUAGCCCAGGUAUAAUAAUUGUAUUGUCUAAAAACAUAGGCCUAGGCCUAAUCAAUAGUGGAUCUUUGCAUGCCUGGGGACCACAGAGCACAGCCUGAAGGAACGCGCUACAGAGCUGCCAUUUCAUAAUCUGUCAACUUAUUUGUCUUGCACUUUGACAGGUAAAUAUUUAGCCUAUAGCCCUAAUAUUUAGCUAAUAAUUAGCCUAAUAUCUAGCUAAUAUUUAGCUUCUUACUUCGGCUACACAUCACUAGACUCUCUUCCAGCUGUUUCCGUGCGCAACAGGCUAUUGGCUAUGCAAUCCUCUCCACAAUAGGCCAUUCCUCUUAUUGUGAAGUCCCAGGAAAAGCUAUAGGCUACAAAAGAUACAGUAGGACAUUUAUUUUCAUCAUUUUUUAUACUACGCCUAAUAGCCUAUUCGGGGGAAGAAGAAGGCUUGCUCUUGCUAAUUGCUGAAUGUGAAACAGGCCUACAGCAUAGAAAAUGAAUGUCUGGGAAAGUUUAGGAGAGAGUGCAUUGGUGUGAUCACUUUUGGAUGGUUAUGAUAACAUUGUUGCACUGAUGCAUUGCAAAUAGUGGCACAGGACGUACAGAGAUGAGCACAGGGAAAAAUAAGAACCAAAGGAAUUUACAACCAUUAGAAAAAUGGAAAUCACUUCGAACCACUUGAGCAAUGAGGCAAUGACAUGCUGUAAAAGAUACAGGCUAAACAACGUUUGUUGUUGAAUUGCUACAUUUGAAUACACUACUGUUAAAAAGUUUGGGUUCACUUAGAAAUGUCCUUGUUUUCAAAAGAAAAGCAAUUUUUUUGUCCAUUUUAAAAUAACAGCACAUUUAUCAGAAAUACAGUGUAGACAUUCUUAAUGUUGUAAAUGGCUAUUGUAGCUGGAAACGGCUGAUUUAAAAAAUAAAAAUAAAAAAAAAUAAUGGAAUAUCUACAUAGGCGUACAGAGGGCCAUUAUCAGCAACCAUCAGUCCUGUGUUCCAAUGGCAAGUUGUGUUUGCUAAUCCAAGUUUAUCAUUUUAAAAGGCUAAUUGAUCAUUAGAAAACUAUUUUGCAAUUAUGUUAGCACAGCUGAAAACUGUUGUGCUGAUUUAAAGAAGCAAUAAAACUGCCCUUCUUGAGACUAGUUGAGUAUCUGGAGCAUCAGCAAUUGUGGGUUUGAUUACAGGCUCAAAAUGGCCAGAAACAAAUAACUUUCUUCUGAAACUCGUCAGUCUAUUCUUGUUCAGAGAAAUGAAGGCUAUUCCAUGCGAGAAAUUGCCAAGAAACUGAAGAUCUCGUACAACGCUGUGUACUACUCGCUUCACAGAACAGCGCAAACUGGAUCUAACCAGAAUAGAAAGAAGAGUGGGAGGCCAAGGUGCACAACUGAGCAAGAGGACAAAUACAUUAGUGUCUAGUUUGAGAAACAGACGCCUCACAGGUCCUCAACUGGCAGCUUCGUUAAAUAGUACCCGCAAAACACCAGUCUCAACGUCAACAGUGAAGAGGCGACUCCGGGAUGCUGACCUUCUAGGCAGUUGCAAAGAAAAAGCCAUAUCUCAGACUGGCCAAUAAAAAGAAAAUAUUAAGAUGGGCAAAAGAACACAGACACUGGACAGAGGAAGAUUGGAAAAAAGUUUUAUGGACAGACGAAUCGAAGUUUGAGGUGUUCGGAUCACAAAGAAGAACAUUUGUGAGACGCAGACCAAAUGAGAAGAUGCUGGAGGAGUGCUUGAUGCCAUCUGUCAAGCAUGGUGGAGGCAAUGUGAUGGUCUGGGGGUGCUUUGGUGGUGGUAAAGUGGGAGAUUUGUACAGGGUAAAAGGGAUCUUGAAGAAGGAAGGCUUUCACUCCAUUUUGCAACGCCAUGCCAUACCCUGUGGACGGCGCUUGAUUGGAGCCAAUUUCCUCCUACAACAGGACAAUGACCCAAAGCACAGCUCCAAACUAUGCAAUAACUAUUUAGGGAAGAAGCAGUCAGCUGGUAUUCUGUCUAUAAUGGAGUGGCCAGCAUAGUCACCGGAUCUGAACCCUAUUGAACUGUUGUGGGAGCAGCUGGACCGUAUGGUACGUAAGAAGUGCCCAUCAAGCCAAUCCAACUUGUGGGAGGUGCUUCAGGAAGCAUGGGAUGUAAUCUAUUCAGAUUACCUCAAAAAAUUGACAACUAGAAUGCCAAAGGUCUGCAAGGCUGUAAUUGCUGCAAAUGGAGGAUUCUUUGACGAAAGCAAAGUUUGAAGGACACAAUUAUUAUUUCAAUUAAAAAUCAUGAUUUCUAACCUUGUCAAUGACUACAUUUCCUAUUAAUUUAGCUAUAUUUCCUAUUCAAACUCAUUUCAUGUAUGUUUUCAUUGAAAACAAGGACAUUUCUAAGUGACCCCAAACUUUUGAACAGUAGUGUACAUAUUUUUCAUUAGGCCUACAUGUACAUUGAAGUAUUAUUUGCUGUUGUCACUAUGACAAUGAACACACCCUGAAAGCACUGAAUGGUCUGAACCAGUAUCUGUGUGUAGAGACCUCAUGAAUGGUCUUGUGUUAUCACCUUAUUAUAGGCAGUGUGCAGUGGGAUGUGUUGAUAAUUUGAUUGACAGGUGUAGUACAGUAGAACGAUAAACUAUAAAUGUUCCUCUUGUGUGGAUGCUCACCAACGUUUUAUAGUUAUGUAGCCUAUAGUUUAUCAUUAUAAUUAUCAUUAUAGUUAUUGGCUUGGUGGAUGGCCCGGGCCUUAACUCUGACACAAUACAACUAACGUUAUUAUCACAACAGAACUAGCCUACUAGUAGGUCUAGCUAACGUUAGCGAACUUGAAUGAAAUAAAUAUAAAAUUACACUUAUACUCUAUAAAUUGACUUUCAAAUAAUUUCCUCUGGCAAGUUUGCCACCGGCGCUGCAGUAGGGAAGUAAAGCGGAAGUGGAAUCUAUCACUUCCGUUGUUUGGCUGUGCCCAUAGCAACGAUCGAAAAUGAGGUGGAUAUUAACUAUCUGUAACUGUAAAGUGAAAUCAUGACAAUGUCCUUUGAUGCCCCUCCCAGUUUCCCCAGCCGGUUUUUGAUUGGGCGGUCUCGAGGAGAGGCGAUGGCUGAUAGGAGGAAAGACGAGCUCAAUGGAUAUGUCUGGCAUCUGGUGCACGCUGCGCCCGAGGUCGCCCAGGUAACCAGUCAACUCUGACCUUUGGGUUCAGGCACUCAGUGACCCCUGUUGUGUGUCUGCCACUCUAUUUAAAUAUCUAUUUAAAGCACUGUGUUACCACUACAUUCACUAGACCAGGGGUUCUCAAACCUCUCCUUGGGACUCCCAGACAUGAUUACCUUACCUGAUUUACCUAGUCAGGUGUUGACUCCGUUCAAUCAGGUGUGCUAACUCUGGAAUAGAUCAAAUACAUGGAAUGACUGGGUGUCCCAGAGUAAAGGUUUGAGAACCACUGCACUAGACUGACCAUGAAUGUCAUCCUAAUGCUGUAUUAACAGUUCAUUUAUAAUGUAAAUUACUAUAUGAAACUGCUGUAAGUGUUAGUGUACUACUUAUAUAACUGUCAGUUAUUUAUGUGCAUGGACACACGCUCAUUAAAGUGGAGGCAGAAUGAUCUGUGUGGAGUCAGUCUGUAUGUGUCUGUGGUUUCAGUAUGACUGGAGAGUUUCUUAGAAUUCAGCCCCUCCCUUUUAGAAGAAGCCACACAUCAGUGUUACAGCCUUAGACACACACACACACAAUCUGUCAGGGUGGGUACUGUAGUCCCAUUCCAGAACUGUACAAUCUGUCAGGGUGGGUACUGUAGUCCCAUUCCAGAACUGUACAAUCUGUCAGGGUGGGUACUGUAGUCCCAUUCCAGAACUGUACAAUCUGUCAGGGUGGGUACUGUAGUCCCAUUCCAGAACUGUACUACUGCCUCUGAUUGCUGACAAACUUCCCUCCACACACACGGCUCCACUUCCACGUCAAACUAAAACACAAGCUAGAACUGCUAGCGCUCCCAUUUAUUUUCUUCAGUUUGGAAAUGGCGCCCACAGUGUUGGUGUGAGUUGAUGUUCCACCUAGGAAUUAAUUAGGUGGAACAUCUGUCAUAUUGUUGUUUUCUGUCAUUAACUGAAUGUACCCUUCCUCCUCCUCCUCUCUUCCCAUCUCUCUCUUUGUCUCUCUUUAUCUCUCUCUAUCUCUGUUUCUGUCUUUCUGUCUCUCUCUUUCUGUCUCUCUUUAUCUCUCUAAGUGUGACCUCAUCUACACUUUCUUCCAUCCACUGCAAAGAGACGAGAAACCUGGAACAGUAGUGAACACACUGCAGAGCAAACCUGCAGGUACACACCCACACACUCAGUGUGUGAUUCAUCAGGUGACUCACUGAGAGGAGAUGGUUAUCGAUUGGAACCAUUAUUUGAAUGACAUGUAAUGCACAGCAUGUAGGCACAGGGUUAAGUUUAUCACUUACUAAAACAAACUCACACCCACCCACACACACACAGCAGAGUCCAGUGUAUCGAGCCCGUGACACACACUCUGUGUCCUUGGUGACCGGAAUAGGAGCCUAUGUGAUAAAGUAACCAAUCACAGACAUUUUACAUUUACAUUUUAGUCAUUUAGCAACGUUUAUGAGUUAGGGGUUACAGGUUAAUGGAACUCCAGAUUUCAAUCUGGCUGAUUGGCUCUCUAAUGAAGAUGGAUCUACAGCACAUACAGUACAUAGGUAUACAGUCACCUAUCUCAGUAGAUCCAGCCCUCCCUCCUCCCUGGGCCGUCACACACACAAACACAAUACAUGUACACACACCUCCUGCCACUAUAAACACACACACAUACACUCAUACUGUAUAGCCUUAUUAAAAUCCUACAUUGAGCUUUAAACUCAUUCUGCUAUAAUCACAUGCGCCGUCUCUGUUUGUCUCUCUCCCCCACCUGCAGAGAUCUGUUGGGCUCCGGUCUCAGGCAAAGUGGUAGGAGAGGUCAAGCUCUCCAUCUCCUACAAGAGUGACAAGCUCUUCAUCAUGGUCAUGCACAUACGAGGCCUGGUGAGUGUGCAUGUGCAUGCAUUGUGUGUGUGCGUGCGCGUGUAUGUUCAGCAUGCUGAUUGAGAAUGUAAUGCUGUUGAAGAUUUCUACUGUAGACUGUUAUUGAGGAUAUACUGACUAUCCUUCCCCCUCUGUCUUUCCUAGCAACCCUUGCAGGAAGGGACAGACCCUGACCCCUAUGUCAAGCUGUACCUCCUCCCAGACCCCCAGAAAACCAGCAAGAGGAAGACCAAGGCCGCGCGCCGCACCUGUAACCCCACCUACAAUGAGAUGGUGAGAUCUAGUUGAUGUGUGACUGUGUAUGUAACUUUGUGUAUCUCUUCUGUCCCUGUAGUUGGUGUAUAACUCUGUAUGUCUCAUCUCUCUCCCUGUAGUUGGUGUAUAACUCUGUAUGUCCCUUCUCUCUCCCUGUAGUUGGUGUAUAACUCUGUAUGUCCCUUCUCUCUCCCUGUAGUUGGUAUAUGACCGUAUCCCUCGUGGAGACCUACAGCAGAGGGUGAUCCACCUGCGGGUACUGGGGGAUGGUGCAUUCUGGGAAAACACCCUGCUGGGCGAGGUCUUCAUCCCCCUGAAGACCCUGACACCCGGACAGUGCUGGGCAGACUGGCACCAACUGGGCACGCCCAGCACCGACUCCACACACUGA